GUGGAGCUGCAUCUGAAGCCCAUCCAGUCCCUACUGGUUCACCAGAAGCCCCUGGUGUUCGUGCUAAACUCCCCCCAGCCUGUGGCCUGGGACAUCAGGACAGAGAAACUAGCCCUAGGCAUUAGACACACCUUCCAUGUGAGUCCAGCUCCAACUAAUUCCCCUUCCAAUCUCUCUCUGUCUCUCUCUGUCUGUCUGUCUGUCUGUCUGUCUGUCUGUCUGUCUGUCUGUCUGUCUGUCUGUCUGUCUGUCUGUCUGUCUGUCUGUCUGUCUGUCUGUCUGUCUGUCUGUCUGUCUGUCUGUCUGUGUCUGCCUGUCUGUCUGUCUGUCUGUCUGUCUGUUUCUCUCUCUCUCUCUCUUUGUCUUUCUGUCUGUCUGUCUCUGUCUCUCUCCACAAAGUCCCUUUCCAAUGUCUCUCUCUUACUCCACUUACUCCACUUGUCUUUCAUACUCCCAUUUCAUUCAUACCAUUCUUUAUUAACAUUCAGGCGUGAGACGUUUAGAAACCAAUCCUUUUGCAGAGGAAACCUGUGCUAUGUUACGGUCUAAACUAGAAGAGCUUUCAGCUAUUGUUUACAGAUUAAUCAUGAUAGCAUACAGUCUGUGGACAACAACAACCAAACAUGCACACAUGCACCCCACACAUACACACACCCACAUGCACACACGCACAGGCACACACACAGACACUCACACAGACACGCACCCUCCCACAUUUCCUGUGGUGAGACAUUAAUGUCUGUAUGGCAGUAGUUAGUGUGUAAUGUGCAGCAGUGGUUUACCCAUGGGUACAGGCUCUUCUUUACACUGUGCAGACACUCACACCUUCCACAUCCUCUCACUGUAAACUCUAAUAAUCAGUGACAAAACUAUACCACUUUGAUGACUAACGCACCACUGCUUUAGGACAUCGUUGCUAUCAACCCUCAAGUGAUAAGAGGACUCUGGUUUAUAUGCCAAAUGAUGGGAUAUAGGUUGGCAUGUACUUUAUGCUUAGCCUGGUCCCAGAUCUGUUUGUGCUGUUUGCCAACUGCUAUGGUCAUGGUCACACCAGGGUCGGUGAACUCGGUUGGCACUGGAGUCCCUAACAACAUUAUUGUUUUCCAGUCUGGCUGGUAAACCCUCCCUCCCCUUCGCUUCAUGAAAACACUCACACAUACCUUAUAGUGGGGCACAUGAAGGGGAGGGGAACCUGGUGGUUUCUAGGAGCAGUGGGAGGCAGCAAACCCCAGCAGCUCCCCUGGACAGCUAGCCAUAUUUAGGAAGGAGACCAGAGGGCCUGCAUGGUCUCUCUGUCUCUCUCUCUCGCUCGCUGUGAGACUUAAUGAGAAAAUUAAAAUGGACUGGCCCAGAUCUCCAGGCUGAGGCUAAGCCACCGUAUCACAUGAGAAAAUCAGAGAGAAAUGAGCGCAACAGGCCUAAAUGGUUUAACUCAACCAUGCUGCUCUACACUGUAAGCCUGGAUGGAUCUGUACACUCCUCUACACCUACCUUUCCAUAUAUGCUGUGUAGACUUUCAUGUAGCUUGCGGUUCUUCUGAAAUAACCAUUGUCAAAUGUGAGUUAACACCAUAGCAUUCUGCAAGAAUGCGUUAAUAAUACUCCAUAUUAUUUCCAUAUGUGGUGGUGAUGUGUUCUCAUUGCAUGCAAAACAUCCUACCAUGAAAACCAGAGCCCAUACAAUGUUUAACACAGAUGCAUGCACACAUCCACAUAAAUGCACACACGCACGCACGCAUUCAUACACGAACACACACACAGACACACACACACUCAUUGACGCACACCACGCACGCACAUACACACACACAUUCACAAACACACACACAGGGUCUUUCAAAAAUAUAUAUUAAGCCAUCUUUAUUUUGAUCACUGAGAGAGCUGAGCUUCAGCAAUAAACCCACAACCCUACAUUCUUUACGGCUAAAACAUUUUACAUUUAUAACAGAUAUAGCUAAUAAAUUAAAUCUGUCUCCUAGCCCAAAUUCAUUCUCUCAGAAAGAGAGGCUUAGCCUGAAAUCCGACCUUUGGCAGUGAAAAGACCUUGGUCUCCUCCGGCAACGAGAAGAGUGAGAUCUCCGUCAUCACCUCUGUGUUGAGUGGGAUUACUGUGGUCAUGUGAAGCUUUCUAGCUGACGUGCUAAUAUCCAUCCACUUUUCCAUUGUGAUGCUUUGAGCAGAGAAACCAUUAUAUAGCCAUAUUACAGACCAGACCUUGGUUCAAACACUAUUUGAAAUAAUUUAAAAUACAUCAGCUGGGCUUGAUUGAGUUUGCCUGGCGCAAUGGAACCAAUAGAAUAGUUGCAAAAGUGAAAACCCUUCCCAUCUGUCACAUCCAGGCAGGCAAAAGCAAAUGCUAAAAUAUUUGAAAUAUUUGAAAUAGUAUUUGAACCCAGGUCUACAACAGACCCAUCUGUCUUAACCACAGACUCAGGUUUCACUCUGACACCCCUAGUGAGUACAUCACACAGCAUAACAACCUACAUACCAGGCUCCCUUUUUAAUUUAGUUAUUUCCUGUACUAAGUGGAAAUAUUUCCAUGUCAGAUUGAACAAAUUGACGUAGUUUAUUCAGAUGAAUGUGCAUCCAGGCUGCUUAUGUUUUUAGAGAUGUAAGCAGUAAUUCUACAUGCCGUUAGAGCCAGGGAGCCAUUAGCAGGUGAACAGUGUAGUAAAUGUCUCCUCAUCAGACAUAACAGCUGACAACAGUCAUGAAGCCAUGAAGCCCAGCCCACAGCCUACAGUACAGUACUAGGCCUUAUGCUGUAGUGUAUCUAAUGUUGUUAGACAUGGGAUCUGACAUGGGACCCUGUGCCUGCUUUCCCACUGUGAAGAGGGAAGGGAUUCCUCCCUGGUGACAGUUUUAGUGUUCAGGGAUACUUGAAUGUACCCUCAUAAGGUUUACAGUAUCAUAUAUACACAUAAACAUACUUAAGAUUUUUCAUGUAAAUAGUUUAUGUGAGAUUGUCUUUAUGGCCCUGGCAAGCUACACAUACAGUGGGGGAAAAAAGUAUUUAGUCAGCCACCAAUUGUGCAAGUUCUCCCACUUAAAACGAUGAGAGAGGCCUGUAAUUUUCAUCAUAGGUACAUGUCAACUAUGACAGACAAAAUGAGAAAAGAAUAUCCAGAAAAUCACAUUGUAGGAUUUUUAAUGAAUUUAUUUGCAAAUUAUGGUGGAAAAUAAGUAUUUGGUCAAUAACAAAAGUUUCUCAAUACUUUGUUAUAUACCCUUUGACACAGGUCAAACGUUUUCUGUAAGUCUUCACAAGGUUUUCACACACUGUUGCUGGUAUUUUGGCCCAUUCCUCCAUGCAGAUCUCCUCUAGAGCAGUGAUGUUUUGGGGCUGUCGCUGGGCAACACGGACUUUCAACUCCCUCCAAAGAUUUUCUAUGGGGUUGAGAUCUGGAGACUGGCUAGGCCACUCCAGGACCCGUGAAAUGCUUCUUACGAAGCCACUCCUUCGUUGCCCGGGCAGUGUGUUUGGGAUCAUUGUCAUGCUGAAAGACCCAGCCACGUUUCAUCUUCAAUGCCCUUGCUGAUGGAAGGAGGUUUUCACUCAAAAUCUCACGAUACAUGGCCCCAUUCAUUCUUUCCUUUACACGGAUCAGUCGUCCUGGUCCCUUUGCAGAAAAACAGCCCCAAAGCAUGAUGUUUCCACCCCCAUGCUUCACAGUAGGUAUGGUGUUCUUUGGAUGCAACUCAGCAUUCUUUGUCCUCCAAACACGACGAGUUGAGUUUUUACCAAAAAGUUAUAUUUUGGUUUCAUCUGACCAUAUGACAUUCUCCCAAUCCUCUUCUGGAUCAUCCAAAUGCACUCUAGCAAACUUCAGACGGGCCUGGACAUGUACUGGCUUAAGCAGGGGGACACGUCUGGCACUGCAGGAUUUGAGUCCCUGGCGGCGUAGUGUGUUACUGAUGGUAGGCUUUGUUACUUUGGUCCCAGCUCUCUGCAGGUCAUUCACUAGGUCCCCCGUGUGGUUCUGGGAUUUUUGCUCACCGUUCUUGUGAUCAUUUUGACCCCACGGGGUGAGAUCUUGCAUGGAGCCCCAGAUCGAGGGAGAUUAUCAGUGGUCUUUUAUGUCUUCCAUUUCCUAAUAAUUGCUCCCACAGUUGAUUUCUUCAAACCAAGCUGCUUACCUAUUGCAGAUUCAGUCUUCCCAGCCUGGUGCAGGUCUACAAUUUUGUUUCUGGUGUCCUUUGACAGCUCUUUGGUCUUGGCCAUAGUGGAGUUUGGAGUGUGACUGUUUGAGGUUGUGGACAGGUGUCUUUUAUACUGAUAACAAGUUCAAACAGGUGCCAUUAAUACAGGUAACGAGUGGAGGACAGAGGAGCCUCUUAAAGAAGAAGUUACAGGUCUGUGAGAGCCAGAAAUCUUGCUUGUUUGAUUUUCUUUUCUCAAUUUGUCUGUCAUAGUUGACAUGUACCUAUGAUGAAAAUUACAGGCCUCUCUCAUCUUUUUAAGUGGGAGAACUUGCACAAUUGGUGGCUGACUAAAUACUUUUUUCCUCCACUGUAUACACGUGAGUCCUAUGAGUUAUAUGUGAGUCCUAUUGAGACACAUUCACUCUAACAGUGAAGUGACUGUACCAGAUUAGCUGUCUGUGUGUGGAGUGCCACUCCGGUCCUUAAUUAUGGCAAAGUAAGGUAAGGAGGAGGAGGAGGAGGAGAAGAAAGACACAGCCUUACAGCCCCAUCACAUCGCAUGCAGCCAGAUCUCCCCUGCUUAAAGCACCAUCCUCAUGACUAGAGCCACACUUGCCUCAACAUACUCUCACUGGUCUGUCUGUCUGUCUGACACAAACACUAUGACACUGUGAGGGCUGAGCUAGUGGAGUCAGACAGUGCCAAGUCCAGCUAGCAGCUUCCAGAGAGUUGGAGAGAAGGUGCUGUGUGGUGGAUAUAUAGGGUAACAGAGUCAAUAGUAACGGUUUGUAGGUCUUAACACCUCGACCUAGACCUCCUCUACGCUGUUCCCCCAUUAGAGAGCCUGUUUCCUGGGGCUAAUGGGCCCUGUAUCAGCCCUGCUACACGCACUCGCGCACACACACACACACACACACACACACACACACACACACACACACACACACACACACACACACACACACACACACACACACACACACACACACACACACACACACACACACACACACACACACUUGAUCAGCCCUGAAUCAGCUCUGCCAAGGCCUCGUUUACUGGUCCCCCAUUCUAAGGUCCACAGACAGACACAGAUGGGCCCUGGAACCGUUUGAGUUUAGCCCUGCUCUGCCUGGUAAACACACUGUUGCUGUUGGCCCGCUGGAACCUCCUGCCUCCAGCCUUUUAAAAUCCUCCUCGGCCCGAAAUUCAAAUGUAAAACAUGCUCCGCAACACUCCCUGUCAAUCAGAAGUACUGAGUAAUGAAAGAACACCAAGUCUAACAUGAAAUAAAAGAUGGACACAGCAAAUCAAGCCAAUGUAAUUUCACCAGGGGACAAUUACGAUCCGAAAGAGGCAUGUUUUCAUGUCUUUAGGAAAGUUGGCUCUAUGACUUUGAGUCUGUCUCAAAUGGCACCCUAUUCCCUAUGUAGUGCACUACUUUUAAUCAGGGCCCAUAGUGAAAAAGGAUGCGUCCUGUAUUGCAUAUGGUGUUAUCGUGCCUCUUUGUUUGACUAGUUUGAUCUGAAACACAUCUCUGUUCUCUCUGGCCUUUUAAUGGAGCAACAUUGUAAAGUUUAGCUGUUGGAAUGUGUUACUCUUUCUGUGUUUGCCAAGUCUUUCUCGUUUUCACUCUCUUUUCUUUAUUUUAUUAUAUUAUCAAUUUCUCCUUUUUGUGUCUCUUUCUAUCCUUCUUUCUCUCUCGCUCCCCCCUCUCUCUCUCUUUACCCCCUCUUUCUCUCUCGCUCUUUCACUCUCUCGCUCUCUCUCUGUCUCUGUCUGUCUCUCUCGCUCUCUCUUUGUCUCGCUCUCUCUCUCUCUCGCUCUCUCUCUCUCGCUCUCUCUCUCUCUCUGUCAAUUAAAUAAAAUUCAAAGGGCUUUAUUGGCAUGGGAAACAUAUGUUUACAUUGCCAAAGCAAGUGAAAUAGAUAAUAAACAAAAGUGAAAUAAACAAUCAAAAAUGAACAGUAAACAUUACACUCACAAGUUUCAAAGGAAUAGACACAUUUCAAAUGUCAUAUUAUGGCUAUGUACAGUGUUAUAAUGAUGUGCAAAUCUCGCUCUCUUUCUUUUUUUCUCUCUGUCUUGUUCUCUCUCUCUCUCUCUCUCUCUCUCUCUCUCUCUCUCUCUCUCUCUCUCUCUCUCUCUCUCUCUCUCUCUCUCUCUCCUCUCUCUCUCUCUCUCUCUCUCUCUCUCUCUCGUUCUAUGUGGUUGUUAAUUGGAACCAUGGCCAGCCCAAUAUUGGCUUUGGUGCAGAGACAGAUGGUGUUGUGUUCUACACAACAGCUCUCCCUGCCAGUUCUCUCACACACACACACACACACACACACACACACACACACACACACACACACACACACACACACACCACAUGCCAUAAGCUUGAUUAGCUAUCUGGAGCCAGUCUAGAGAGAGCAGAUAAAAUCACCCACAAAAGCAUUUAUCGCAUUUACAUCAUCACUGCUUUUAGAGCAUGCUCUUAUUAUCUCCCAUUCUCUCUCUCUCUCUCUCUCUCUCUCUCUCUCUCUCUCUCUCUCUCUCUCUCUCUCUCUCGCUCUCUCUCUCGCUCUCUCUCUCUCGCUCUCUCGCUCUCUCUCUGUGUGUCUCUGAGGCCUCUCUGUUUGAAACACCUCAUCUUCUCCAAACAGACAUGGUGUUUUCUCAGGCUGUGCUUUACUGUUGCUUAGUGUUUCUUAGCAAGCAGGAUUGCAACACUCUGAUAAUUAAUAUAAAACAUUUGGCAUGGCGUCUCUCCUCUCCCCUCACCCCGACUGGCACAUAUGGCAGUAAUAUGUAGACGCACACACACAGGCAGAGAGGCCAGGAAACCAACCACAGGCAAAUAUGCUUUUAAAACGCCACAGACCAUGAAGGGUACUGGGCAGCAUGCACAUGUUAUUGUUGGGUUUUAUACUUUGCGAAGAGAAGGAAGGGACCAAUCUUACAGUAAGGAGGCUUAGCUCUCUAUGGCUGUUAGGUAGACUUCAGUAGAUUGUCGACAAAUCUCUUUGAAAGUAUGGGUCAUAUUUAAUUAUGUCACAUUGCAUGUUCUACUGAACAGUUGAGGCUGACAAAUGGCAAAGUUGAAGUUGCUUUUUCAACAGAUAUGACCCUUCUAAUUGUGUUAUACCCAUGGAAAUUAGGCUAGCCCGCUUGCCCGAAGCUAGUAUUUUUCAGAUUGGGCUUGUAGAAAAUGUGCCAGACUAGAGUUCCAUCCCUGGAUAUUCUCAAGUACCCUUAUAUUUGGCUUUGAACUGCUCAAGAACACCUCAUUGGAGAUUAGCUCCAUGCUCAGUUAGGUAGAAUGAGGUAAACUUUUGGCUUUGCAAAGUUCCAUGGAUCUCACCUCUGAGUGCAGACCUGAGCUGAUUCCAGAUAGACAGACAGAAAGAGCCCAGACAGACAGACAGGCCGUACUUGGAUGCGUUAGCUAUGAGGUCAUAUGAUGCAGCGAGCCCAGGACUAAUCUAGUCUGUCUGUCUGGGUCUGUUUGUGAGCAGAGGACAUAUAAACAACACUGAUUUAUGUGUUCAGGGAUAAGGCCCUUUCUCUCUCUACACGUUUAGUCAUGUCCCCCUCUUCUCUUCUCAGGGAGAACGGGGUGAUAAGAAGCUCAAGACAAUGAGUAGCGUACAUGCUAUGACAGUAGGGACAAUGAAAGGGACAAAAAUGAAUGUUCUGUGUAUUGUAUAAAUCAUUGAGUUAAUCGUCCCAUUGUGUCAGUCAUUGAUGUCUAUGCAUAUAGCAUUACUUUGACGUCUUUGCAUAUAGCACUACGUUGAAGUAUUGUUAAUACUCUGGGAGUGGAACAAUUAAGAAUAGCAAUGCUUUGAAAUGAUAUCAUUUUCAAGCAGUUCUCUUGCAAGUGCUGGAUUUACACUUUGUGUUCAUGUAAAAGUGGAUACUAGUGGGAAUUACUUCAAACUUUCAAGUCUUUGAUAAAAACGUUACUCAUAUAUUUCGUUUAUUACAAAUUUUUCUCAAGCCCUCCUCUCUCUCUCUCUCUCUCUCUCUCUCUCUCGCUCUAUUUUUCUCUCUCUCUCUCUCCCUCAGCUAACUGGUCGAGCCCAAGAGUGGGUCUCUCUGAGUCUCUUCUUUCAUAUUCCCAUUUCAUAUUCUUGAGGUUCAAAUCACCCUGGAAAGGCCUAGAGCUAAUUUGGGUUUUCAGGCUUCCCCCUCUAAUUAUUUCAGACUAAUUACAGUCAUAUUGCCACAAUUAAAUUGAUCAACUUUGCUGAGCUUGCAAGGUUUCCCAAAGUAAACCCCAACCCCUUCCUCCUCCUCCACUUCCUCUUCCUCAUCCUCAUCCUCUUCCUCCUUCCCUCUCUUUGCUCAGUGCUCCUCCACGGCUCUAUAUCGCAUUUGAUAGCUUAAGUGAGGCAGUCAGGCAAAGGCAUGGCACUCCAUCUUUCUCCACUAAAGUUUUCCUUUCCUUCCUGCCGUAGUCGUAGUAAACGUUAUCGCUAAAAAUAAAUAUCUACGUAGCGGUGAAUUCUUCGACAGUGUCUGUCUCCCUGGUCUUGGCAUUUAUUAUCUGUCGUGACAAUGCCAGGAACAUAGAGAGGAGAGGCCAGGGGUCAGGCAGAUGUUGCACAUGGUGUUGGCUAGAGUGUGUGUGUGCGUGUGUGUGUGUGUGUUCGGGGGGAAUGGAGAACCUCUCUGUCUGGAGCUCCAAAUACUCAACAGAGAUAAUGUGACUAAUUUUCACACAAACAAACGGACACUAUGAUCUGGAAAACGAACCAACGUUGCAGUAGAUUCUUGUGUUUUGCUUUCCUCUAUCCCCUCUUUGGAAAAUUCAUACUACCCAAAAUAUGGGGAAGGCAACAAAAUAUGAAUGAUCCUAUAUGUCCUCCUACGCUUUAGUGAAAAGGUCCAUACGGCACUACGCUCUAUCAGUUUAGUGUUAUGAGUUAAUGUUUUAAUUGGGCCUACCAGGCAGCACGCUGUCAGCUGCCGCCCCACUUUAGAUAGGAGUUGUGUCCUUGGGAAUAAGAAAAUAAAACAGGAAAUAUAAUGAGGUCGGCUAUCUACACCAGACUGUGUGUUGGGGCUGCCUGGCUGGCCUGGGAUGCUCAGCUCUGCUCACAAUUGUACUACAGUCAGUAGUAGGUUUUUCAGCGCAUGUGAAUGUUUAUCCCUCUGAAUGAAGCAUAUGGGUCGAGGUCCAUUAAGAACCAACGGGGUGGUCUCUCUCUAUCUCACUCUCUCUCUCUCCCUCUUUCUCAUUCUCUCUCUCUCUGCUCUUUGUUCCAUGCACGCACACACACACACACUCACACACGCCAAGCUCAGACUAGUUUCUCUCUUUCCCUCCAUCCCUCCCUCCAUCCCUCCCUCCAUCCCUUCCUGCCAGAAGACAAACCAGCACUUCAUUGUGGGCUUGGGGCUCCGCACACAUUUUCUACUAAUUUUCUUCUUCUUUUUUUCACUCUGCAUAUUACAGCUGGGUUUUGUGCUCUCACACUUUUUUACCUACCUAGGCUUAGGCUGCGUCCCAUUGUAUCACCCCACUCUCAGCCAGCUCGCAUAUGGCAAAAUUAUAUACUUUUAGAUGAUCCCCAAUGGCAACUCCAAACAAACAUACUGCACUGAUAAAAGUUGUCUCUUUCUUUUGUACUUCUGAGUUAUUUGUGAGAGUGUGUGUGUGUGUGUGUGUGUGUGAGAGCACGCAUAAACAGACACGCACAUCUUGCAUAUGUGUUUCCUAUGAUGAAGACAGAUAAGAGUUUGUGUAUAUGCAAUCACGUGCGUGUGUGUAUCUGCUAGCUACAUUCAUGACAGACAGCUCCAUACUGCUCUAGCUGUGUGCUGCCAUUUUGAAAAACCCCUGCACACUGUGAUUACGCACAAUAAAGGUUAUAUAAACAGUAGAAACCAGACACCUUAUUGUGUAAGGGGACCUUGUGUGAAAAUAAGGAGAGGACAUUGCGAGAGGCCUUAAAAUAAUACAUGGGGAUGGAACUCCAUGAGCCCAAUAGAAAAUACAGCUUCUUAACAGUAAAUCACAGCUACCUUUUUGUAGUUUACCAUUUUAUAUCCUCAGUAACUCUACAUGUAUUUCCUUCAAUUGCUGAAAUGUGUCACGAUCGUCGGGUACAGAGGACCAAGGCGCAGCGUGGAAGGUGAACAUAUUUUAUUAACUAGAAUGAAAAACACGAACAAAACAACAAACGAUAACGUGACGUCCAAAGGUGCAAAACACAAACCUAUACAGGAACAAGAUCCCACAAACACUGUGGGAAAACUGGCUGCUUAAGUAUGGGUCCCAAUCAGAGACAACAAGCAACAGCUGAUACACGUUGCCUCUGAUUGAGAACCACACUGGCCAACAUAGAAAUACUAAACUAGAACGAAAACAAAUGAAAACUCACACCCUGGCUCAACAUACUAGAGUCCCCAGAGCCAGGGCGUGACAGUACCCCCCCCCCCCCAAAGGCGCGGACUCCGACCGCGCCAACCAAACACCACAGGGGAGGGACCGGGUGGGCACUCCGCCUUGGCGGCGGAUCCGGCUCCGGGCAUGAUCCCCACUCCCUCUCUAACCCCCCAAAGUACCCCUGGUCCGGUCUGGCCCUGCUGACCGGAGCUGGACUGCACACUGGUGGAGCGGAUUGCUCUAGCUCCGGCGUGAAGCAGCUGACCCGUGCCGAACCAGGCACCGGUGGAACAGGCACGGGCUGUGCCGGACUGACGACGCACACCACUGGCUUGGUGUGGGGAGCAGGAACGGGCCGAGCCGGGCUGACGAAACGCACCCCUGACUUGGUGCGGGGAGCAGGAGCGGGCCGGACCGGGCUGACGAAGCGCACCACUGACUUGGUGCGGGGAGCAGGAACGGGCCGGACCGGGCUGACGAAGCGCACCACUGACUUGGUGCGGGGAGCAGGAGCGGGCCGGACCGGGCUGACGAAGCACACCACUGACUUGGUGCGGGGGGCAGGAGCGGGUCGAACCGGGCUGACGAUGCGCACCAUAGGCUUGGUGCGUGGAGCAGGAACAGGCCGGGCCGGGCUGACGACGCGCACCACAGGCUCGAUGCGAGGAACAGGAACAGGCCGGACCAUACCGGGAACACACACCACUGGCCCUACGCAGGGAUCAGGAACGGGCCGGACCGGACUGGUAACACACCCCAGUACCUCUCGCCGUGCCUCUACACUUUCCCUCUCCUCUGUGACCAGUGGCCCCCUUAACCUGGCAGCCUCCUCUGCAAACCCGCUGGACCGCUCUAUCGCGGCCUCCUGCUGCCCCGUCGUCCACGGCGUGAGCCCCCCCCCUCACAUUUUUCUGGGGGUCUCUCCUCACCGUGGGCCAGGCCCAGUCGAGGUUGAUGUCCUUUAGCGAUACCUCUGGCGCUGGCUCCUGGACACGCUGCUUGGUCCAGUGUUGGUGGGAUCUUCUGUCACGAUCGUCGGGUACAGAGGACCAAGGCGCAGCGUGGAAGGUGAACAUAUUUUAUUAACUAGAAUGAAAAACACGAACAAAACAACAAACGAUAACGUGACGUCCAAAGGUGCAAAACACAAACCUAUACAGGAACAAGAUCCCACAAACACUGUGGGAAAACUGGCUGCUUAAGUAUGGGUCCCAAUCAGAGACAACAAGCAACAGCUGAUACACGUUGCCUCUGGUUGAGAACCACACUGGCCAACAUAGAAAUACUAAACUAGAACGAAAACAAAUGAAAACUCACACCCUGGCUCAACAUACUAGAGUCCCCAGAGCCAGGGCGUGACAAAAUGGAGACUGCUAAAAGUAAUCCAAAGUUAUUUCAUGUAGAUUAGACUAUCAAAAAUCAUCCCUAUGAUAUUAAAUCAAUGCUUAUUAAUAUGUAUAUACAGUACCAGUCAAAAGUUUGAACACACCUACUCAUUCCAGGGUUUUUCUUUAUUUUUACUAUUUUCUACAUUGUAGAAUAAUAGUGAAGACAUCAAACUAUGAAAUAACACAUAUGGAAUCAUGUAGUAACCAAAAAAGUGUUAAACAAAUCAAAAUAUAUUUUAUAUUUGAGAUUCUUCAAAUAGCCACCCUUUGCCUUGAUGACAGCUUUGCACACUCUUGGCAUUCUCUCAACCAGCUUCAUGAGGUAGUCACCUGGAAUGCAUUUCAAUUAACAGUUGUGCCUUCUUAAAAGUUAAUUUGUGGAAUUUCUUUCCUUCUUAAUGCGUUUGAGCCAAUCAGUUGUGUUGUGACAAGGUAGGGGGGGUAUACAGAAGAUGGCCCUAUUUGGUAAAAGACCAAGUCCAUAUUAUGCAAGAACAGCUCAAAUAAGCAAAGAGAAACGACAGUCCAUCAUUACUUUAAGACAUGAAGGCUAGUCAAUAUGGAAAAUGUCAAGAACUUUGAAAGUUUCUUCAAGUGCAGUCGCAAAAACCAUCAAGCGCUAUGAUGAAACUGGCUCUCAUGAAGACCGCCACAGGAAUGGAAGACCCAGAGUUACCUCUGCUGCAGAGGAUAAGUUCAUUAGAGUUACCAGCCUCAGAAAUUGCAGCCCACCAAAUAAAUGCUUCUCUGUCAGGGGUGCUGAAGGUGGGUGUGGUGCAGGAAUCAAGCGCAGGACGCAGAAGCUAAGUCCAAAAGACUUUAGUGAGUUAUUCACGUAGUACACGAGAACAAUAAGCCCGGAGGCGAAAUAAAGGCGCACACAGGCGUCAAACAAAAGGCGCACUAACAUGUGCGAAAACCUCUCCAAACAACGGAGGGAAGAUACGUAGCUCAGAACACCAAACAGAGGAGCAAUCACACACAACACCAUACACACACAACGAGAACUAAAUAGGACACUAAUGAGGACUAACUAGACACAGGUGUACAACAUCAAGACAAAACCAAACGAACAUGAAACAUAGAUCGGUGGCAGCUAGUACUCCGGGGACGACGACCGCCGAAACCUGCCCGAACAAGGAGGAGGAGCAGCCUCGGCCGAAACCGUGACAUUCACAGAGUUCAAGUAACAGACACAUCUCAACAUCAACUGUUCAGAGGGGACUGUGUGAAUCAGGCCUUCAUGGUCGAAUUGCUGCAAAGAAACCACUACUAAAGGACACCAAUAAGAAGAAGAGACUUGCUUGGGCCAAGAAACACGAGCAAUGGACAUUAGACCGGUGGAAAUUUGUCCUUUGGUCUGGAGUCCAAAUUGAAGAUUUUUGGUUCCAACCACUGUGUCUUUGUGAGACGCAGUGUGGGUGAACGGAUGAUAUCCGCAUGUGUGUAUUUCCCACCGUAAAGCAUGGAGGAGGAGGUGUUAUGGUGUGGGGGUGCUUUGCUGGUGACACUGUCUGUGAUUUAUUUAGAAUUCAAGGAACACUUAACCAGCAUGGCUACCACAGCAUUCUGUUUUGGGCUUAGUGAGACUAUCAUUUGUUUUUCAACAGGACAAUGACCCAACACACCUCCAGGCUGUGUAAGGGCUAUUUUACCAAGAAGGAGAGUGAUGGAGUGCUGCAUCAGAUGACCUGGCCUCCACAAUCCCCCGACCUCAACCCAAUUGAGAUGAUUUGGGAUGAGUCGGACUGCAGAGUGAAGGAAAAGCAGCCAACAAGUGCUCAGCAUAUCUGGGAACUCCUUCAAGACUGUUGGAAAAGCAUUCCAGGUGAAGCUGGUUGAGAGAAUGCCAAGAGUGUGCAAAUCUGUUAUCAAGGCAAAGGGUGGCUAUUUGAAGAAUCUCAAAUAUAAAAUAUAUUUUGAUUUGUUUAACACUUUUUUGGUUACUACAUGAUUCCAUAUGUGUUAUUUCAUAGUUUUGAUGUCUUUACUAUUAUUCUACAAUAUAUAAAAUAGUAAAAAUAAAGAAAAACUCUUGAAUGAGUAGGUGUUCUAAAACAUUUGACCGGUAGUGUGUAUAUUUGCAAAAAAAAAAUAUGGGGGAUUGGAAAUGAUGCAGACAAUUUCAUUGAUUGAAGUUACGAUCUAUAUGCAAUAUUAAAGCUGAUCUACCCCUUAAAAAAAUAUAUUAAAAAAAAAUGCUUAUUGCUCUCUGCACUAGAUAUACCGAUACUGUAAAUCCCCACACCUUAUUAUUGUUCCCAUGGUCUCUCUGUGUUUCUUCACCCUAGGUCCAUAAUGCUUUAGGUAGUUUCUUAGCGCCAGUUUCCCACACACUGAUUAAGCCUUAGUCUCUCCAGACAUCUGGGUUGCCUCCCACAAUUUUCAAACGUUCCGGCUAGGGUCGGGUUUUCGAGACUAAUUAAGCCUAGUCCUAGACAAAAAAUAAUUUCCAAUGGAGAUUCUCCAUUGAGCUUGCUUUUUAGUCCAGGACUAGGCUUUAUCUGUGGCUGGGAAACCAGCCCAUAGUGUCAUACAGAAACCUACUGUUUCACAAUCAUUCUGUGGAAUCCCUACCUUCAGCUCUUUUCUCUCACAGGCAAAGUGAUGUCCCUCUGUGGCUCCUGUAGCCAGCCCUGAGACAAGGCUGUAGAAUCCUAUAAUUGACUAUGAGUCUUAUUACACCUACUGUAAUGCCAUAGCAGCCUACAGCCAUGUCUCAGGGCUAUGUCUCCUGAUGUACAGUGUCUGUCUGUAACAUCAUUGUUUCUCUCCAUCUUCCAGCUAUCAGAGACCUCAGAGGUCCACUUCUCUGUGUCUUGUGUAGCGCUGAUACAUGGCUGUAGACUCCUGCAGUAUAACUCCUAACACACUACAGCCAUGUCCCAGGGCUAUGUGUCUUGAUGAACAGUGUCUGUCUGUAAAGCCGUGGUAUCUCUCUUACUGACUGUCUGUAACAUUGUUGUAUCUCUCCUUUCUCCAGGUAUCUGUGGGAUCUGAUGUCCACUUCCCUCCAGGGAACUUCUCUCUCCACUGUCAUGUUCCGAAGGAGGUACUUCCCCAUGGCAACGAGCACCUCCUCAACUGGGCCACCAAGAAGUACAGAGCCGUUACCUCCUUCUCCGAACUCAAGAUUGCCCUGGACAUCUACAUCAAAGUGGGAGAAGGUGUGUUUUACUGUCAGAGGGAAGUUAAAACUGUUGCUCCAAAGGACAGUUUAAAAGAAGGUGCUACCUUUGGCUGUCCUUUCUGUAGGAGAACCAUUGGUUUCACACAUCAUACAACCAUACAUCAAAGUGGGAGAAGGUGUGUUUCACUCUAAGAGGCAGGUUAGAAACGUUACCUCAGUUCCAAGGCAGACCACAUUCUCGUUUAGAAUGCCUGGGGAGACUUUUACACCUACUUCCACUAACUGUAUAUUUUAUUUGCCGAAUGACAGGCCUUUUCUUCCCCACUAAACCUUAAUUAAGGGGUUCCUACUCAGUAAUUCAUUCUCAAUGGAGGCCAUUGACAGUCCUGGGAGUUACUGGACCCUAGAGUGGCAGAGUGAACACUCUCUGUGUUCGGACUUCUCAGUUCCACUGGCCAGCUUUCAGUUGCACAUAGACUUGGCCGGGAGGAAAGGACUUUGUACUCUUUUCUUUCUUUUGUAAUCUGUCCGCUUGCUUUCCUUGCUUGUCACUUUUCUUAUUUGACCAUGAGCCCAAAGUCAGUGGAGUGAGGAAGAAUUGACUAAUGGAAAUGCGUAGUAGGUUUGUGAGGGAUUGCUGCUCUGAUUGCUAGCUUGUGUGUGGGCCUGCUGCCAGACUUGAGGCCUGACAGACUAGUCCUGUGCACUAUGAGAAAAAGAGGGGAGUGGCAGAGAGAGGGAAACAAGAAGAAAAAAAGAGGUGAGAUGGAGUUGUACCGAAGUUGACGAAACAAGAAGAAAAUCUGUAGACUGAAGAGAUCAGACAUGGGACUGUUUCUUGCUAUUCAAGUCUUCCAGCAGGUUUAGGCAAAUAUAAUGCCUUGCAAAAGUAUUCAUCCCCCUUGGCGUUUUUCCUAUUUUGUUGCAUUACAACCUGUAAUUUAAAUAGAUUUUUAUUUGGAUUUCAUGUAAUGGACAUACACAAAAUAGUCCAAAUUGGUGAAGUUGAAUGAAAAAAAUAACUUGUUUCAAAAAUUCCAAAAAAUAGAUAAUGGAAAAGUGGUGCGUGCAUAUGUACAUUUUACAUUUUAGUCAUUUAGCAGACGCUCUUAUCCAGAGCGACUUACAGUUAGUGAGUGCAUACAUUUAAAAUAAAAUAAAAAAUUACAUUAAAUAUGUAUUCACCCCCUUUGCUAUGAAGCCCCUAAAUAAGAUCUGGUGCAACCAAUUACCUUCAGAAGUCAUAUAAUUAGUUAGAUUGCACACAGGUGGACUUUAUUUAAGUGUCACAUGAUCUGUCACAUGAUCUCAGUAAAUAUACACCUGUUCUGAAAGGCCCCAGAGUCUGCAACACCACUAAGCAAGGGGCACCACCAGGCAAGCGGCACCAUGAAGACCAAGGAGCUCUCCAAACAGGUCAGGGACAAAGUUGUGGAGAAGUACAGAUCAGGGUUGGGUUAUAAAAAAAUAUCCGAAACUUUGAACAUCCCACGGAGCACCAUUAAAUCCAUUAUUAAAAAAUGGAAAGAAUAUGGCACCACAACAAACCUGCCAAGAGAGGGCUGCCCACCAAAACUCACGGACCAGGCAAGGAGGGCAUUAAUCAGAGAGGCAACAAAGAAACCAAAGAUAACCCUGAUGGAGCUGCAAAGCUCCGCAGCGGAGAUUGGAGUAUCUGUCUAUAGGACCACUUUAAGCCGUACACUUCACAGAGCUGGGCUUUACGGAAGAGUGGCCAGAAAAAAGCCAUUGCUUAAAGAAAAAAAUAAGCAAACACGUUUGGUGUUCGCCAAAAGGCAUGUGAGAGACUCCCCAAACAUAUGGAAGAAGGUACUCUGGUCAGAUGAGAAUAAAAUUGAGCUUUUUGGCCAUGAAGGAAAACGCUAUGUCUGGUGCAAACCCAACACCUCUCAUCACCCCCGAGAACGGCAUGUUUUUCUUCGGCAGGGACUGGGAAUCUGGUCAGAAUUGAAGGAAUGAUGGAUGGCGCUAAAUACAGGGAAAUUAUUGAGGGAAUAGUUAUGCACGUUCAAGUUUUCUGUUUUUUUGUCUUAUUUCUUGUUUGUUUCACAAUAAAAAUGAUUUUGCAUCUUCAAAGUGGUAUGCAUGUUGUAUAAAUCAAAUGAUACAAACCCCCAAAAAAUCCAUUUUAAUUCCAGGUUGUAAGGCAACAAAAUAGGAAAAAUGCCAAGGGGGGUGAAUACUUUCGCAAGUCACUUUACACAAGAGAGGGAUCAAUUUACGAUAUUCUCUCCUACUUAACUCCUCAAGCUGCUGUUAAGUAAGAUGAUAGGGGCCUUGCUCCUCAACUUGUGUCUAUAGAAAGACCACUUCUGAGCAGCAAGGUUUGUAGUAAACUAAACUGUCGAAGGCAUUAAUGGGUUUAGGGAAUGUGAGCUGUUCCUUGAUAACUGUGAGCUGUAAGUGGAAAAAACUGUCAAGAGGUGUCUGAGCUAAAGCAGACAGUGGGGGCCUCAUCUCCUCUCCUCUCCUCUCCUCUCCUCUCCUCUCCUCUCCUCUCCUCUCCUCUCCUCUCCUCUCCUCUCCUCUCCUCUCCUCUCCUCUCCUCUCCUCUCCACCAGUCAGUAGAGUUACUGUAGUAGGGAGGCUGGCUGUUGGAAGUCCAGGGCUCCUCCAGGGAUGUUGUGUGAUUGAUCCAUUGAAGCCAUGCUUCACUUCUUCCUUUACUCUUUCACUCCCCACUGGUCCUUUGUAAACUGAACCGACAGCACGUUCAACUUCAUCCUACAUCAACAUCCAGAUAGUUAGGAUACCUUUUAAAGACUAUCUUUAACUGCAAGACAAUAACACAGUUACUGCCAGGAGUGGAGGGGAGUAGUGGCUCCAUUACACAUUACAGCUGGGUUAUGUCAAAAUCAAAUCAAAUUGUAUUGGUUACGUACACAUAUUUAUCAAAUCAAAUCAAAUCAAAUUUUAUUGGUCACAUGCGCCGAAUACAACAGGUGCAGACAUUACAGUGAAAUGCUUACUUACAGCCCUUAACCAACAGUGCAUUUAUUUUAAACAAAAAAAGUAAGAAUAAAACAACAACAAAAAAAGUGUUGAGAAAAAAAGAGCAGAAGUAAAAUAAAGUGACAGUAGGGAGGCUAUAUAUACAGGCGGGUACCGUUGCAGAGUCAAUGUGCGGGGGCACCGGCUAGUUGAGGUAGUUGAGGUAAUAUGUACAUGUGGGUAGAGUUAAAGUGACUAUGCAUAAAUACUUAACAGAGUAGCAGCAGCGUAAAAAGGAUGGGGUGGGGGGGCAGUGCAAAUAGUCCGGGUAGCCAUGAUUAGCUGUUCAGGAGUCUUAUGGCUUGGGGUAGAAGCUGUUGAGAAGUCUUUUGGACCUAGACUUGGCACUCCGGUACCGCUUGCCGUGCGGUAGCAGAGAGAACAGUCUAUGACUAGGGUGGCUGGAGUCUUUGACAAUUUUGAGGGCCUUCCUCUGACACCGCCUGGUAUAGAGGUCCUGGAUGGCAGGAAGCUUUGCCCCAGUGAUGUACUGGGCCGUACGCACUACCCUCUGUAGUGCCUUGCGGUCAGAGGCCAAGCAGUUGCCAUACCAGGCGGUGAUGCAACCAGUCAGGAUGCUCUCGAUGGUGCAGCUGUAGAAUUUUUUGAGGAUCUGAGGACCCAUGCCAAAUCUUUUUAGUCUCCUGAGGGGGAAUAGGCUUUGUCGUGCCCUCUUCACGACUGUCUUGGUGUGUUUGGACCAUGAUAGUUCGUUGGUGAUGUGGACACCAAGGAACUUGAAGCUCUCAACCUGUUCCACUACAGCCCCGUCGAUGAGAAUGGGGGCGUGCUCAGUCCUCUUUUUUUUCCUGUAGUCCACAAUCAUCUCCUUUGUCUUGGUCACGUUGAGGGAGAGGUUGUUGUCCUGGCACCACACGGCCAGAUCUCUGACCUCCUCCCUAUAGGCUGUCUCAUCGUUGUCGGUGAUCAGGCCUACCACUGUUGUGUCGUCGGCAAACUUAAUGAUGGUGUUGGAGUCGUGCCUGGCCAUGCAGUCAUGGGUGAACAGAGAGUACAGGAGGGGACUGAGCACGCACCCCUGAGGGGCCCCCGUGUUGAGGAUCAGUGUGGCAGAUGUGUUGUUACCUACCCUUACCACCUGGGGGCGGCCCGUCAGGAAGUCCAGGAUCCAGUUGCAGAGGGAGGUGUUUAGUCCCAGGAUCCUUAGCUUAGUGAUGAGCUUAGAGGGCACUAUGGUGUUGAAUGCUGAGCUGUAGUCAAUGAAUAGCAUUCUCACGUAGGUGUUCCUCUUGUCCAGGUGGGAAAGGGCAGUGUGGAGUGCGAUAGAGAUUGCAUCAUCUGUGGAUCUGUUGGGGCGGUAUGCAAAUUGGAGUGGGUCUAGGGUUUCUGGGAUUAUGCUGUUGAUGUGAGCCAUGACCAGUCUUUCAAAGCACGUCAGUGCUACGGGUCGGUAGCACUUGCGGGUGUAGCGAAAUGCUUGUGUUCCUAGCUCCAACAGUGCAGUAAUAUAUAACAAUUCACAACAAUACACAAAUCUAAAGGUAAAAGAAUGGAGAAAUAUUAAGAAAUAUAUUAUAAUAUAUUAUAUAUUAUAUUAUUAUUAUAUAUAAUAUUAGGACAAGUUUAAAUAUAUGUAUGUAUAUAUAUAUAUAUAUAUAUAAUGUAUAUAUGUAUGUAUAUAUAUAUAUAUAUAUAUAUAUAUAUGUAUAUAUAUGUAUAUAUAUAUGUGUGUGUACAGUACCUGUCAAAGGUUUGGACACACCUACUCAUUCCAGGGUUUUUCUUUAUUUUUACUAUUUUCUACAUUGUAGAAUAAUAGAGAAGACAUCAAAAUUAUUAAAGUAACACAUAUGGAAUCAUGUAGUAACCAAAAAAGUGUUAAACAAAUCAGAAGAUAGCCCUAUUUGGUAAAAUACCUAGUCCAUAUUAUGGCAAGAAAGCUCAAAUAAGCAAAGAGAAAUGACAGUCCAUCAUUACUUUACGACAUAAAGGUCAGUCAAUACGGAACAUUUUAAGAACUUUGAAAGUUUCUUCAAGUGCAGUCGCAAAAACCAUUAAGCGCUAUGAUGAAACUGGCUUACAUGAGGACCGCCAUAGGAAUGGAAGACCCAGAGUUACCUCUGCUGCAGAGGAUAAGUUCAUUAGAGUUACCAGCCUCAGAAAUUGCAGCCCAAAUAAAUGCUUCACAGAGUUCAAGUCACAGACACAUCUCAACAUCAACUGUUCAGAGGGGACUGUGUAAAUCAGGCCUUCAUGGUCGAAUUGCUGCAAAGAAACCACUACUAAAGGACACCAAUAAUAAGAAGAGACGUGCUUGGGCCAAGAAACACGAGCAAUGGACAUUAUACCGGUGGAAAUUUGUCCUUUGGUCUGGAGUCCUAAUUGGAGAUUUUUGGUUCCAACCGCUUUGUCUUUGUGAGACGCGGUGUGGGUGAACGGAUGAUCUCUGCAUGUGUAGUUCCCACCGUAAAGCAUGGAGGAGGAGGUGUUAUGGUGUGGGGGUGCUUUGCUGGUGACACUGUCUGUGAUUUAUUUAGAAUUCAAGGCACACUUAACCAGCAUGGGUACCACAGUAUUGUGCGGUGAUACGCCAUCCCAUCAUGGUUUGGGCUGAGUGGGACUAUCAUUUGUUUUUCAAAAGGACAAUGACCCAACACACCUCCAGGCUGUGUAAGGGCUAUUUGACCAAGAAGGAGAGUGAUGGAGUGCUGCAUCAGAUGACCUGAUCUCCACAAUCCCCCAACCUCAACCCAAUUGAGAUGAUUUGAGAUGAGUCGGACGGCAGAGUGAAGGAAAAGCAGCAAACAAGUGCUCAGCAUAUGUGGGAACUCCUUCAUUUUACAUUUACAUUUUAGUCAUUUAGCAGACGCUCUUAUCCAGAGCGACUUACAGGAGCAAUUAGGGUUAAGUGCCUUGCUCAAGGGCACAUUUACGUCAUUUAGCAGACGCUCUUAUCCAGAGCGACUACAAAUUGGUGCAUUCACCCUAUAGCCAGUGGGAUAACCACUUUACAAUUAUACUUUUUUUUUUUUUUUGGGGGGGGGGGGGGGGGGGGGGGGGGGGUAGAAGGAUUACUUUAUCCUAUCCCAGGUGUUCCUUAAAGAGGUGGGGUUUCAAAUGUCUCCGGAAGGUGGUGAGUGACUCCGCUGUCCUGGCGUCGUGAGGGAGCUUGUUCCACCAUUGGGGUGCCAGAGGAGCGAACAGCUUUGACUGGGCGAACAGCUUUGACUGGGCUGAGCGGGAACUAUGCUUCCGCAGAGGAAGGGGAGCCAGCAGGCCAGAGGUGGAUGAACGCAAUGCCCUCGCCUGGGUGUAGGGACUGAUCAGAGCCUGAAGGUACGGAGGUGCCGUUCCCCUCACUGCUCCAUAGGCAAGCACCAUGGUCUUGUAACGGAUGCGAGCUUCAACUGGAAGCCAGUGGAGUGUGCGGAGGAGGGGGGUUACGUGAGAGAACUUGGGAAGGUUGAACACCAGACGGGCUGCGGCAUUCUGGAUGAGUUGUAGGGGUUUAAUGGCACAGGCAGGGAGCCCAGCCAACAGCGAGUUGCAGUAAUCCAGACGGGAGAUGACAAGUGCCUGGAUUAGGACCUGUGCCGCUUCCUGUGUAAGGCAGGGUCGUACUCUCCGAAUGUUGUAGAGCAUGAACCUGCAGGAUCGGGUCACCGCCUUGAUGUUGGCGGAGAACGACAGGGUGUUGUCCAGGGUCACGCCAAGGCUCUUCGCACUCUGGGAGGAGGACACAACGGAGUUGUCAACCGUGAUGGCGAGAUCAUGGAACGGGCAGUCCUUCCCCGGGAGGAAGAGCAGCUCCGUCUUGCCAGGGUUCAGCUUGAGGUGGUGAUCCGUCAUCCAUACUGAUAUGUCGGCCAGACAUGCAGAGAUGCGAUUCGCCACCUGGUUAUCAGAAGGGGGAAAGGAGAAGAUUAGUUGUGUAUCGUCAGCGUAGCAAUGAUAGGAGAGGCCAUGUGAGGAUAUGACAGAGCCAAGUGACUUGGUGUAUAGGGAGAAAAGGAGAGGGCCUAGAACUGAGCCCUGGGGGACACCAGUGGUGAGAGCACGUGGUGCGGAGACAGCUUCUCGCCACGCCACUUGGUAGGAGCGACCGGUCAGGUAGGACGCAAUCCAGGAGUGAGCCGCGCCGGAGAUGCCCAGCUCGGAGAGGGUGGAGAGGAGGAUCUGAUGGUUCACUGUAUCAAAGGCAGCAGACAGGUCUAGAAGGACAAGAGCAGAGGAGAGAGAGUUAGCUUUAGCAGUGCGGAGAGCCUCCGUGACACAGAGAAGAGCAGUCUCAGUUGAAUGACCAGUCCUGAAACCUGACUGGUUUGGAUCAAGAAGGUCAUUCUGAGAGAGAUAGCAAGAGAGUUGGCUAAAGACGGCACGCUCAAUAGUUUUGGAAAGAAAAGAAAGAAGGGAUACUGGUCUGUAGUUGUUGACAUCAGUGGGAUCGAGUGUUGGUUUUUUGAGAAGGGGUGCAACUCUCGCUCUCUUGAAGACGGAAGGGACAUGGCCAGCGGUCAAGGAUGAGUUGAUCAGCGAGGUGAGGUAGGGGAGAAGGUCACCGGAGAUGGUCUGGAGAAGAGAGGAGGGGAUGGGGUCAAGCGGGCAGGUUGUUGGGCGGCCUGCAGUCACUAGUCGCAAGAUUUUAUCUGGAGAGAGAGGGGAGAAAGAAGUCAAAGCAUAGGGUAGGGCAGUGUGAGCAGGACCAGCAGUGUCAUUAGACUUAACAAACGAGGAUCGGAUGUCGUCAACCUUCUUUUCAAAGUGGUUGACAAAGUCAUCCACAGAGAGGGAGGAGGGGGGGGGGGGGGGGGGGGGGGGGGGGGGGGGGGGAUUCAGCAGUGAGGAGAAUGUGGCAAAGAGCUUCCUAGGGUUAGAGGCAGAUGCUUGGAAUUUAGAGUGGUAGAAAGUGGCCUUAGCAGCAGAAACAGAUGAAGAAAAUGUAGAGAGGAGGGAGUGAAAAGAUGCCAGGUCGGCAGGGAGUUUAGUUUUCUUCCAUUUCCGCUCAGCUGCCCGGAGCUCUGUUCUGUGAGCUCGCAAUGAGUCAUCAAGCCACAGAGCUGGAGGGGAGGACCGAGCCGGCCGGGAGGAUAGGGGACACAGGGAGUCAAAGGAUGCAGAAAGGGAGGAGAGGAGGGUUGAGGAGGCAGAAUCAGGAGAUUGGAGGGAGAAGGAUUGAGCAGAGGGAAGAGAUGAUAGGAUGGAAGAGGAGAGAGUAGUGGGAGAGAGAGAGCGAAGGUUGCGGCGGCGCGUUACCAUCUGUGUAGGGGCAGAGUGAGUAGUGUUGGAGGAGAGCGAGAGAGAAAAGGAUACAAAGUAGUGGUCGGAGACAUGGAGGGGAGUUGCAAUGAGAUUAGUAGAAGAGCAACAUCUAGUAAAGAUGAAGUCAAGCGUAUUGCCUGCCUUGUGAGUGGGGGGGGAUGGUGAGAGGGUGAGGUCAAAAGAGGAGAGGAGUGGAAAGAAGGAGGCAGAGAGAAAUGAGUCAAAUGUAGACGUGGGGAGGUUGAAAUCCCCCAAGACUGUGAAGGGUGAGCCAUCCUCAGGAAAGGAACGUAUCAAGGCGUCAAGCUCAUUGAUGAACUCUCCAAGGGAACCUGGAGGGCGAUAGAUGACAAGGAUAUUAAGCUUAAAUGGGCUAGUGACUGUGACAGCGUGGAAUUCAAAUGAGGAGAUAGACAGAUGGGUUAGGGGAAAAAUUGAGAAUGACCACUUGGGAGAGAUGAGGAUUCCUGUGCCACCACCCCUCUGACCAGAUGCUCUCGGGGUAUGCGAGAACACAUGGUCAGACGAGGAGAGAGCAGUAGGAGUAGCAGUGUUUUCAGUGGUAAUCCAUGUUUCCGUCAGUGCCAGGAAGUCGAGGGACUGGAGGGUGGCAUAGGCUGGGAUGAAGUCAGCCUUGUUGGCGGCAGAACGGCAGUUCCAGAGGCUGCCUGAGACCUGGAACUCCAGGUGUGUGGUGCGUGCAGGGACCACCAGGUUAGAGAGGCAGCAGCCACGCGGUGUGAGGCGUUUGUGUAGCCUGUGCGGAGAGGAGAGAACAGGGAUAGGCAGAGGCAUAGUUGACAGGCUGCAGCAGAUGGCUACAAUAAUGCAGAGGAGAUCGGGAUGAAAUGAACUAAACAUCAGGGAAAGGAGAGAGCAGGCCUCCCUCACCAAAAAAAAAAUAUAUAUAUAACUCUCCCAACUUCCACCUCAGAAACUAUAAUUGUUUCACUGAACCACCCGAGUAAAACUCUCCCAACUUCCACUUUAGAAAUUAGAAUUGUUGUAAACUACAGCAGACUGUUAUCAGUAGCUGUAAUUAAGUACAGCAGCUACCAACCACCUAACGUUAAUGCCUCGGAUGAGGUUAGAAAAACAGCUGAAUGGUAGCAGCUAGCUGGCUCAAUCACAGGUACUCCUAAGCAUGAAAUAACAUUGGAAACAAUUAACCAUAGUUGCAAAAAGUUAAGCUACCCGCUAGCUAGCUAGCUUUGUUGGUCCAAGUAGUGGGUAGGCUAGCCUCGUGCUUCGCCGGAGUCCGCCGAAUACAGUCCUUACCUACAAUAAUUACCUACAAUAACCUUCAAUAACUACCUGAGUAAGCUACCUAUAAUACCAAAUUAAUUAUUAUUAAUACCAAAUUAAUUAUUAUUAAUACUAUAUUAAUACUAUAAUACCUUCAAGACUGUUGGAAAAGCAUUCCAGGUGAAGCUGGUUGAGAGAAUGCCAAGAGUGUACAAAACUGUCAUCAAGGGUGGCUAUUUGAAGAAUCUCAAAUAUAUAAUAUAUUUGGAUUUGUUUAACACUUUUUUGGUUACAACAUGAUUCCAUAUGUGUUAUUUCAUAGUUUUGAUGUCUUGACUAUUAUUCUACAGUGUUUAAAAUAGUAAAAAUGAAGAAAAAGUAUUGAAUGAGUAGGUGUGUCCAAACAUUUGACCGGUACUGUAUAUAUAUACAGCCAUGAAGUCAAAGGAUGUUGAUGUCUUUGAUGAUCUUUUUGGCCUUCCUGUGACAUUGGGUGCUGUAGGUGUCCUGGAGGGCAGGCAGUAUGCCCCCGGUGAUGCGUUAGGCAGACCGCACCACCCUCUGGAGAGCCCUGCGGUUGCGGGCGGUGCAGUUGCCGUACCAGGCGGUGAUACAACCCGACAGGAUGCUCUCAAUGGCGCAUCUGUAAAAGUUUGUGAGAGUCUUAGGGGUCAAGCCAAAUUUAUUCAGCCUCCUGAGGUUGAAGAGGCGCUGUUUGCCUUCUUCACCACACUAUCUGUGUGGGUGGACCAUUUCAGAUUGUCAGUGAUGUGUAUGCCGAGGAACUUGAAGAUUUUCACCUUCUCCACUGUGGCCCCAUCGAUGUGUAUGGGGGCGUGCUCCCUCUGUUGUCUCCUGAAGUCCACAAUCAGCUCUUCAUUUUAUUGACGUUGAGGGAGAGGUUAUUUUCCUGGAACCACUCCGCCAGGGCCCUGGGGUGGUAUGCAAAUUGAAGUGGGUCUAGGGUGUCAGGUAGCCUCUCAAAGCACUUCAUGAUGACAGAAUUGAGCGCUACAGGGUGAUAGUAUUUUAGUUCAGUUACCUUUGCUUUCUUGGGUACAAGAACAAUGGUGGACAUCUUGAAGCAAGUGGGGACAGCAGACUGGGAUAGGGAGUGAUUGAAUAUGUCUAUAAACACUCCAGCCAGCUGGUCUGCGCAUGCUCUGAGGACGCAGCUAGGGAUGCCGUCUGGGCUGGCAGCCUUGCGAGGGUUAAGACACUUAAAUGUCUUACUCACAUUGGCCACGAAGAACGAGAGCCCACAGCCCUCGGGAGCGGGCCGUGUCGGUGGCACUGUGUUAUCAUCAAAAUGGGCAAAGAAGGUGUUUAGCUUGUCCAGAAGCAAGACGUCGGUGUCCAUGACAUGGCUGGCUUUCCCUUUGUAAUCCGUGAUUGUCUGGAGUCCCUGCCGCAUACGUCUUGUGUCUGAGCCGUUCGGAGGGCAUAACUGCACUGUUUGUAUUCGAUCAUGGUCCCAGUCACCUUGCCGUGGUUAAAUGCGGUGGUUCGUGGUUUCAGUUUUGCGUGAAUGCUGUCAUCUAUCCAUGUUUUUUGGUUAAGGGAGGUUUUAAUAGUCACAGUGGGAACAACAUCCCCUAUACACUUCCUGAUUAACUCAGUCGCUGUGUCAGUGUAUACGUCAAUGUUAUUCUCAGAGGCAACCCGGAACAUAUCCCAGUACGCGUGAUCGAAACAAUCUUGAAGCAUGGAUUCUGAUUGGUCAGACCAGCGUUGAAUAGACCUUAGCACGGGUACUUCCUGUUUGAUUUUUCUGCCUAUAGGAAGGGUUGAGCACAAUGGAUUUGCCGAACGGAGGGCGGGGGAGGGCCUUGUAGCCAUCCUGGAAGGGAGAGUAACAAUGGGCAAUAGUUUCUGAAGCGCGAGUAGUACAGGCAAUGUGUUGAUAGAACUUCGUAGCGUUUUCUUCAGAUUUGCUUUGUUAAAGUCCCCAGCUACAAUAAAUUCGGCCACAGGAUAUGUGGUUUUCAGUUUGCACAAAGUCCAGUGUAGUUCCAUGAGGGCCGUUGUGGUAUCGGCUUGAGGGGAAACAUACACGGCUGGUACUAUAACCAAAGCAAAUUCUCUUAGGAGGUAAUACGGUCGGCAUUUGAUUGGUAUUCUAGGUCGGGUGAACAAAAGGACUUGAGUUCCUGUACGUCAUCACAAUCACAACAUGGAUAGUUAAUCAUGAAACAUACACCUCAGGCCUUUCUUCUGUGCUCUCCAUGUUCUCUGCUCUCCAUGUUCUCUGCUCUCCAUGUUCUCAGUCACUUGGAGGAGAGCAGAGAGAACAGAGAGUGUGUGGUUGCUUAGCCUUGAAGCAGUCAUCCAUUCAGCCCCUCUCUCUGUCAUUAGACCCUGUGGUUUGGCGAAGGCCCAACAUGCCAUGUUUACCUCAGAGAGAGAGCUUUAGCUUUCCCGUCUGUCUCCCUAUGUCUUUCCCUCUCUGGUACCUUUUCAUGAGGCGGGACAGAUUUCCGCUUUGUUGUUUCAGGCCAUUAAUACACACAUACACUCUCACACUCACACUCAAACACACUCACACUCUCUUCCCCAGCUCUUCAAAGUGCCAUGAGGAGGUUUGGGGAGGAAGGUGCCAACCCUUUACUUUAUAUUCUCUAAACCUCACUACUGUCCAAGACCUUGUUUGCCAAAUAAGGAAGCAUCUGUCUUGUGAUUCCUCUGAGGAAAGACCGCAGGGCUUAACUGUUCAUGAUCGGUAAAAGACAGAGAAGAGGAUUGCAUGCCUGGUAGGUUGGAUGGAGAAUAAUAAUAUUUGAGUAAAUAAAUGAUAACAAGUUAGAAUGGUGUGAAACCUGACAGGAAUGACUGAUUGGACGUGUUUAUGACGGCUAAUGUUCAAAAUGUAUUUUCUAAAUAUAUUGGCCUUCAUUUGAUCAGAAACUUGAAUAAUAGUGUUCAAUACAAAACUGGUCUGUCUGUCGCUGUCUUUUACCAGCAACCCCAAAGUGUUCAGAUAUCUCAAAACGUUGGCUGAACACACCGUAGUGUAAAUACUCUAACUAAAUACCUCAUCCAUUUGCUCAUGAGGAAUAAUCUUGAAAGAAAAGAAAAACUUGCACACAAAGCUUCCCAGUAUCACUUCAGUAUAUUAAGCUAACAUAUCGUCCUCUCUGCCUUCAUCAGAGCAUCUUCCUCUUGAGGAUUAAUCAGGUAUAAUCACAUCACAUCCAGUGUUCGACUUAUACAUUGAGUCAUGAUCUCACCUUGUAAUCUCAUCCACCCACCCUCUCCUUUACUCUUCCAGACCCAGUGUUCUCCGAUACCUGCAAGAUUGACAAUAAGUUCCUGUCUCUGAACUACCUUGCUGGCUACGUAGAGCCACAGCCCUCUAAAGGCUGUGUCCUGUCUGGACCAGACCAGGACCAAGAGGUUCACAUCAUCGAGCUGCAAGCACCCAACUCCAGUAGGUCAGUACUGUAAUCCACCACAACCAUGACAUAACCAUAACACAACCGUAACAUAACCAUAACUCCAGCUGGUCAGUACUGUAGCCCACCACCUGAACCAAAACAUUGUCUGACCCAAAUAGGGCACACAUUUAUCCAGUUUGAGCUGGUUUCCUUGACACAGAUUAAGCCUAGUUCUGGACUAAAGAUCACUUUCAAUGGAGAUUCUCUAUUGAGCAUGCUUUAAAUCGAGGAUCAUGCUUAAUCUGUCUCUGAGAAACUGGCCCUUUAUGUCAAUAUGAUACAUAUUAUGUUGAUCACACUAACUCUUAUCAUGAACCUUAAUGAUCUCAGUGUAAUUUCCCCACUACAAGAGGCCAGAAUGGUCUCUCUCUCUGGUCUCUGGUAGUUUGUGUUGGAUACGAAGAAAGAGGGGGGUAAUAUUGACCUUAUGACGUUCUGUUAAGAACUCUAUAUCAGGCUCAGAGUCUAUGGGGUCGUCCCAAAAUGGCACCCUAUUCACUAUAUAGUGCACUACUUUUGAUCAGGGCCUCUAUGGCACUAUAUAAGGAAUAGGGUGCCAUUUGGGAUGCAGUCUAUCUCAGACUCUAGUCUGUAUCUCCAGUCUGCCAGGUAAUCGCCUCACUCUCCCAGUGGUGUGAUUACUCUGUAUACGCAUGAAGAGCCCCGAAAUACAGGGAAUAUGGCAGCCAUGAUGUAUUUCACCAUACUGCUGCUAUGUGGUCUGGUCUGUUACACACAUGUCCUCCUCUUUCUGGGAAUACUUCCAGUUUCUUAAUCAGUUGGCCAGACAGAGAGAAGGCAUGUAAAUACAGAGUGUUUUGGGCCUUCCAAAAUUCUUAUGGCUCUCUCUCUCUCUCUCUCUCUCUCUCUCUCUCUUCUCCCCCCCCCUUGAGCAGUGCAUUCCAGGUGGAUGUGAUCGUUGAUCUGAGGCCGUUGGGGGCAGAUGUUCUGUUGCAUCGUGACGUCGUACUGCUGCUGAAGUGUGAGAAGUCUGUCAACUGGGUCAUCAAGGCUCACAGCGUCAUCGGGAAACUGGAUGUGGUGGUACGUGACUCAGAACGUCACUCUGAAUGUAACAAACACAGCCUCUCCAUUUGGGAAGUGCUGUUUUGACCUAAAUAAAAAUUAUUAUAUUUUCAAUAGUAGCAGCUUAUUUAAAGGCCAUCUCCAGAGACCCAAGACUCCAUCCCUCAGCUUUAUAGCAAACCAAGUGGCGGCACUGCUGUUGAGUUGUUUUUCAAAUUGAGUAGUUCAACUUUCAGAUUUUUCCCUCCAAUAUUUUUUUCACUGUCUCAGUAACACCUCACAAUGGCACCGAUGGUGUGAGGGGAGACAGGCAGAAGAACCAUGUCACAAUACAUGACUAGACAGGCACAGGAGACCGACAGGCAUGUCACCACUUUGCGUUGCUGACCAAUGCAUUUGUCACAAUCUGAGGAGUGUUGAAGUGGCACCUGGUUUCAACCUGCCUGCAAGGGAGGGAGGGAGAUGGAUGAAGCGUGAAAUAUCAACCUGACAGCUCCAAGGGUUGUCAUCGCAUCAAAUGAGAGGGGGAAAGGAGGAGGAGAAAGGGGGAAGAGAGACAUUUUCAUAGGAUCACCACAUCCUCACACAGCCUGACCUGUUUGUCAUCCAUGAUAAUGUGAGUUAUGAGCGCUGCUGACUGCAGGCUCUGGCUGCAUCCCAAAUGGCACCCUGUUACCUAUAUAGUGCCAACUACUUAGCAUGUUAGCUAACCCUUCCCCUAACCCUAACUGUUUUAGCUAACCCUAACCUUUUUAGCUAACCCUUCCCCUAACCCCUAGCCUAGCUAACACUAGCCACCUAGCUAGAAUUCAUAACAUGCCAUACGUUUAGCUAAUUCUUUUAUAUAUUUUUUUGUUUAUUUUUUACUUUUUCUCCCCAAUUCGUAGUUACAGUCUUGUCCCAUCGCUGCAACUCCUGUACGGACUCGGGAGAGGCGAAGGUCGAGAGCCAUGCGUCCUCCGAAACAAGCCGCACAGCCUCUUGGCUCACUUAACCGGAAGCCAGCCGCACCAAUGUGUCGGAGGAAACACCGUACAACUGCCAAUCGUGUCAGCGUGCAUGCGCCCAGACCGCCACAGGAGUCGCUAGAGCGUGAUGGGAAAAGGACAUCCCAGCCGGCCAAACCCUCUCCUAACCUGGACGACGCUGGGCCAAUUGUGCGCCGCCUCAUGGGUCUCCCGUUCGCGGCCGGCUGCAACACAGCCCGGGAUCGAACCCGGCUCUGUAGUGAUGCCUCAAGCACUGCGAUGCAGUGCCUUAGACCGCUGCGCCACUCGGGAGUACGUUUUGCUAAUUCGUAACAUAUUGUACAUUUAGCAAAUUCAUAACAUAUAAUAUGAAUUGUAAUUUGUAACAUAUCAUACGAAAUGGUUGAUGGACAUCCACAAAUAAUACAUGCCAUAUGAAACGUAACAUAUCAUACUAAAUGGAGUGUCCUGGACUAAAGGAAGAAAUCAACCUGGCCUGCCCUCCUAUCCUAUCGUCUUUAUGAAUGCUGCGUAGCUCCAUUCCAUGGUCCCUAUGCUAAGAGCUGACCUCAGUGGAGGUGUCUGGUGUUGUUUUAUGGGCUCUGGGUCCCUGCUUCCCUGGGUUGGUUCCCACACUAUGUAACAGUCAUCCUCAUGCAGGCAGGGUGGGUGUGUGCCUCUGCCAGGCCAUGAUGCUGCACUUCUGCCAGGCAGCAAGCUCAGUUUAGGCGCAUGUUGCAUCCCAAAUGGCACACUAUUCCCUAUGUAAUGCACUGCUUUUAACCAGGGUCCAUUAAUCUCUGGUCAAAAGUAGUGCACUAUAUAGGAAAUAGGGUGCGAUUUGGGACACAGACCCACACUCAGUCCCAGCCACCGUCUGCCUGUUUGUACAGCUGCACUUUAGGCUGUCACUGCACUGAAUCAAUCAGGCCAUCAAAGCAGGUCUACGGUUGGCUACAGUAGUAGGUUACGCUAAGAGAAACAAUAGGGGGAGGAGGGGAUUGGAAACUGAGGACACAUGGCAGCGAUGUGCUGUGCUGCUGACCUACAGUUUACUGUUCUGGGACAGUACCAGCUUGCUCCCAUAUGGGUCGGCAUGUAGCCUAGCGGUUAAGAGCGUUGGGCCAGUAACCGAAAGGUCGCUGGUUCAAAUCCCCAAGCUGACUACGCGGAGGAAAAAAUAUGCCGAUGUGCCCUUGAGCAAGGCACUUAACCCUAGUUGCUUUGGAUAAGAGCAUCUGCUAAAAUUUAAAUAUCUGUUUGACAUGACAGUUAAUGACCAAAUAUUAUUUGUCACAUGUGCCGAAUACAACGGGUGUAGAUUUAACCGUGAAAUGCUCAGCUUGCAGAUCUCGACAAACCAUUUCUGUAUGAGCCUUACUUUGUGCACAGGGUCAUUGUCAUGCUGAAACAGGAAGGGGCCUUCCCCAAACUGUUGCCACAAAGUUGAAAGCACAGAAUCAUCUAGAAUGUCAUUGUAUGCUGUAGCGUUAAGAUUUCCCUUCACUGGAACUAGGGGGCCUAGCUCGACCAUGAAAAACAGCCCCAGACCAUUAUUCCUCCUCCACCAAACUUUACAGUUGGCACUAUGCGUUAGUGCAGGUAGCGUUCUCCUGGCAUCCGCCAAACCCAGAUUAAUCCGUCGGACUGCCAGAUGGUGAAGCGUGAUUCAUCACUCUAGAGAAUGCGUUUCCACUGCUCCAGAGUCCAGUGGCGGCGAGCUUUACACCACUCCAGCCGACGCUUAGCAUUGCGCAUGGUGAUCUUAGGCUUGUGUGCGGCUGCUUGGCCAUGGAAACCCAUUUCAUGAAGCUCCCGACGAACAGUUAUUGUGCUGACGUUGCUUCCAGAGGCAGUUUGGAACUCGGUAGUGAGUGUUGCAACCAAGGACAGACGAUUUUUAAGCACUACAUGCUUCAGCACUCGACGGUCCCGUUCUGUGACCUUGUUUGGCCUACCACUUCGCGGCUGAGCCGUUGCUCCUAGAUAUUUCCACUUCACAAUAACAGCACUUACAGUUGACCGGGGCAGGUCUAGCAGGUUAGAAAUCUGACUUGUUGGAAAGGUGGCAUCCUAUGACGGUGCCACGUUCAAAGUCACUGAGCUCUUCAGUAAGGCCAUUCUACUUGCAAUGUUUGUCUAUGGAGAUUGCAUGGCUGUGUGCUCGAUUUUAUACACCUGUCAGCAACUGGUGUGGCUGAAAUAACCUAUUUGAAGGAGUGUCCACAUACCUUUGUAUACUUAGUGUAUCAGUAAGGGAUCAUUAUAGGAAACAGAUAAUACAUUCAAAUUGAUAUGUAUACAUUAUUGAUAACUUCAAUUUCAAAUGUUUACUUAAUCUAUGGACAGCUGCCCGUUUGGUCCCGCUGGACGUGGUCACUUCUUUUCAGUUGAAUUUAGGAACAUGGAAAAACAUUUAAAUUACUCCUGGGUUGAUAAGGGCUGUGAAAUCUGCAUGAUCUGUCACACAGACUGUUGUGCUAUGACCGACAUCAUCAGUGUCUUCAGCAGACACAUUUAGUUCUUCAAGUGUUGGCAUUAUCAAGUCCCAUCGGAACAGCACAGACACUCAAUUUCGGUCAGAAUUGCCUUGCAUUUUUCCCAGAUUUUUCACAUUUACACCACCACUUCCCCGUGACUCUUUCCCCCAUGCUGUCUCAGCUUCUAUGUGUCCAAGCUCUUCAUCAGUAUAUUCUGGCUCAUAUAAAUAUGGUUCUGCAAAGUAUGCAUCCUCUUCAGGCUUGUAGCUGUCCGACUCAGACAUGUUUUGAUUUUGAUUGAAUGAUUUUGGGCGGUGUAGUGCUUGAAGGACGUGUCUGCACUGCGCUAUCCUCGAGAACCAGGCUCCGUGGAAUUUGGAGGUGUGGCUACGCGAGACUAUCAGCGCGCGGAUGUAGUAGUGACGCAGAAAUUAGUUCCAAGACAAGGGCAAAACAGGAAGUAAACACAGUUUGAGUUAUACACAUUUAUGCUCGUAAUAGUGUUUUGAUAUUGACAUGCGUAUAGCCCAGACGUUUUGAAGCACGUUUUUUGGGUGAGUCUGGCCACUACCACGAUAUGACUCCUGCAAGCAACUAAGACAGCCAAAGAAAUAUCAGGAAUGGAACUCUGACCAAAGCAACUGUCUGGAUGAUGCUUCAACACUAAAAGUAAGUGGAAAAUGAGGUCUAACAUGCUAAAAAUCGAAAUAUCCCUUUAAGCAUUCUUAUGGCUAUUUAGCAGUCUUAUGGCUUGGGAGUAGAAGCUGUCUCGGAGCCUGUUGGUCCGACAGCCAAUGCUCCGGUACCGUUUGCCGGAUGGUAGCAGAGUGAACAGUCUAUGACUUGGGUGGCUGGACUCCAUUGGCAAUUUUUCAGGCCUGAUAUAGAGGUCCUGGAUGGCAGGGAGCUCGGCCCAAGUGAUGUACUGGACUGUCCGCACCACCCUCUGUAGCGCUUUGCGAUCGAUGGUGGUGCAUUUGCCAUACCAAGCGGUGGUGCAGCCAGUCAAGAUGCUUUCAAUGGUGCAGCUGUAGAACUUUCUGAGGAUCCAAGGGCCCAAUCUUUUCAGCCUCCUGAGGGGAAAGUGCAGGUGUGUGUGGACCAUGUUAAGUCCUUAGUGAUGUGGAUGCCAAGGAAUUUGAAGCUCUGAACCAGCUCCACUACAGCCCUGUCUAUGUGGAUUGGGAUGUGUUCUCCCCUCCUUCUCCUGUAGUCCACGAUCAGCUCCUUGGUCUUAUUGACGUUGAGGGAGAGGUUGUUGUAAUGGCACCACACUGCCAAGUCUCUGACCUCCUCCCUGUAGGCUGUCUCAUCGCCGUCGGUGAUCAGGCCUACCACAAUCGUGUCGUGAAAUGACUGUCAUGACAAGACAGAGAGCGUGCUGGUUUAAAAUAUGGUCAGAUUGCUCUGUCUGUACUGAUGGACGAGCGUCACAUAGGAGUAACUCCACCUGUCGGAAGAAAAUUACUGUAUACUGUAUGUCAUAUUCAAUAUUCCAUAUGAUUAAUAUAAACCUGUAUUUACCUUUCUUUCAGACGCCAGAUACCAUCAGUCUGAGCCCCAACACAGAGAGGCUGAUGGAGGUGUCUAGGACCCCUAAGCACCACCUCCCAUCUGGCUCUCAGGCCCUGAUCAAGUGGGCAGAGGAUCAUGGCUACGGACCGGUCACCUCCUACACCCACACCCCUGUAGCUAACACUUUCAACCUGAGGCUCAGGGAGCCAGGUGAGCAACACCCAGGCUUCUAUAAGCCCUGAUUGAUUGAUUGAUGGAUUGAUAUGAAAAAGUAUUGAAUUUAUUUGGAGAACUCUAAAAUUCUGUUUAAGACAAUUGAGUGUGUUGUUGGUGCCCCCCCCCCCCCCCCCAGAUCCCAGAUUGACAGUAGCCGACACCAUACCAGCAUUUCUGGUCAGGAGGCACUAGAGGCAACUACUCUGAGACUGUCUACUGCUUCCUUUAGCUCCUUUGAGUCCCUCCUUGAUACUGUAGCUCACAUGAAGACAUCCUCCUGCCCCUUGGACGUGAUCCCUACUAGACUACUAAUACAAGUUAUGCCUAAUGUUGGCCCCAACAUUCUGUCUAUUGUAAAUAGCUCCAUGACCUCUGGCUCCUUUUCAAAAAACUGCUCUGGUCCAACCUCUCCUUAAAAAGCACAAUCUAGACCCCUCCACACUGAGUAAUUAUAGACCUAUCUAUAAACUUCCUUUUUUAUCCAAGAUUUUUAGAAGAAGUUGAUUUCAAGCAAUUGGUGGCUUAUUUGGGCGGUAUACCGUAUACCGGGGUAUUUGGAAAUAGCCACGGGAUGGUUUUUCAAUACCGUCACCAUUUAAACUAUUUAUUUAAAGUUUUUCAAUAAAUUGUAAUAUUGUUAGCUACUUUUUGAGUAAAUACCUGCAUUCAACUUGUGCAGUACAAUAGGAGAUAAAGCAGAUUGCAUUCUUCAUUUCACCUGUCACAUUAUUUUACAUUAAGAAUCUUACCUUAGUUCCCCAGAACAGUUGACCCAGUCAAGUGUUUGUUUGUAAAUAGCACAACAGGAGAAAGCGGGAGCAGGUCCAGCUGUGUAUUGACAGGGGUCGCGUUUUAUAUUGAAAGCCAACAGUGUUUUUUUGCUUCACUAGAGUGAUCAGGGAUGUGCAGCUACAGUUUUCCUUCACAGAAAAUACAUUAGAGCAACACAUUCUGCAAAAAAUAGCUUAAUUUUCAUCAGAUGACAACAGAAGUGCAACGCUAUUUGGCUGGCAGCCACACAUUUAAAUGAGCUUACAAUGAAAAAGCAAGGUAUUUUUUGCAAAAACUAUGCAGCGCCAUAUUUCUAAUGUUUAUCAUAGAAUGUAGCCAGCUAUAUUUCCUAAUGUUUUGCUUAAAGUUAAUCUAGCAUUUUACGAGAGAAAAGUAGGCUGGCUACACCGAUAAAAGUACUAGAGAAAAGUAGCUACACAUUAGUCAGAGUGCUGUCUACUGAUAGAAUGCCCGUUCUGCUGAUAGAAGAUUUUAGAUCUGCGUUUCCAAAACGCAGCAAAAUAUUUCUUAUGCGUUUCAUAUUUUUUUCCUGCAUGAACAAACACAGAAUUCUGCGUUAAAGCGACCCCUAGUUUAACUUGCUAGUUAUCUAUGUAAGUGGCUGAAUUAAUAAGGUAACGGGGCAUAAUAUUGGGUUAGUCAAAGCCCUUUGGAUGAGUUAUCUGUAGGCUAUCUUGAUUUCCUUGCGUUUUUUUCUCGUCUCUGUUCUCGGCCCGUCUGCUCCUCACCCAUCUUCUCCAAUCAGAGCAGGCAGGCAGGCCAGUUGCCCUAGUGACUCCAGACUCCACACAGACACAGCCUGUACACACGCUGCUCCAGAGUACUGUUCAGACAAGCAUUGCUGAAAACUUUGAGUCUCUUGUUCACAUUCGCUUGUAAAUGCCCAAACUCACUAAAAAUGACAUUCGGUAGCUCCUACCUAUAUAUGUAUAACUUUAUGAGCUGGAUUGCCUGUCUUUCUCGUUAGCAUAUUUAGCUAGCAGCCUCCAUGGAAAUGUGUUAUUACUUGUGCUAAUUUUGUUAGCAUUGUGGUAAUAGAUGCCCAAUGGGCUUUUUUGCGUUUAUUUUGGCACCCCCUUGUGUACUAAUCCAGUAAUACCGUAAAUCCCGGGAUAAGAGAAGGACUGUAUGACGAUAUGAAAAUCUGGAUACUGCCCAACCCUACAAGUGACCUAAGCGACUUUGAGCGUGGUAUGAUCGUCGGUGCCAGGCACGCCGGUUCCAGUAUCUCAGAAACGGCUGGCCUCCUGGGCUUUUCAUGCAUAACAGUGUCUAGGGUUUACAGAGAAUGGUGCGACAAACAAAAAAAUAUCCAGUCAGCAGCAGUCCUGUGGGCGAAAACAGCUCGUUGAUGAGAAAGGUCGAAGAGAAUGGCAAGAAUUGUGCAAGCUAACAGGCGGGCCACAAACAGGCAAAUAACGGUGGUGGGCAGGUGUGCAGAAUGGAAUCUCGGAACGCACAACUCAUCAGUCCUUGUCACGGAUGGGCUGUUGCAGUAGAUGACCACACCGGGUUCCACUACUAUCAGCUAAAAACAAGAAGAAGCGGCUCCAGUGGGCGCGCGAUCACCAACACUGGACAAUUGAGGAGUGGAAAAACCUUGCCUGGUCUGAUGAAUCUCGGUUCCUGUUGCGUCAUGCUGAUGGAAGCCAGGAUUAGGUAUAAACAGCAUGAGUUCAUGGCCCCAUCCUGCCUGGUGUCAAUGGUAUAGGCUGGUGGUGUAAUGGUGUGCGGAAUGUUUUCCAGACACACAUUAGGUCCCUUGAUACCAAUUGAGCAACGUUUGAACGCCACACCUUGUAGAUUCCAUUCCCUGAAGAAUUCAGGCUGUUCUGGAGGCAAAUGGGGGUCCGACCCGGUACUAGAUGGGUGUACCUAACAAACUGGCCACUGAGAGUGUAUGUUUACUAUAUUUAAAAUAAUAGAUAAUGUAUGACAAAUAGACAUAGGUUCACUCAAUUUAAGCAAGAUAUCUACUAUGAAAAUUAAUUAUGCUAAUAAUAAUAAUACACUUUAUUUGUAAGCGCUUUUCAUGAUCAUGAAUUUUUCUAAAAGGAUAAACUGUUAUAAAUUAUUGAUUUCACAACCACAUACCAUCGACAUCCAAUUUUAACUGUCCUUAUAAAGACAAUAGUCUGAAACUACAUCUGCUAACUCUGAGCCAGUUUAGUUUCAGUGUUCCGUUCUGUUUCUGCUCUGUGCAAUUUCCAUGUCUUUAAAACCACCAGAUGACACUUUAACACACGCCUGUAAGUGUGUGUGUAUGUGUUUGUGUGUGUGUGUGUGUGAAAGUGUGUGUGCGUGCAUGUGCAUUCAUGCUUGUGCGUCUCUGUAUCUGUGCAUCUGUGUGUGUGACUAAAAUGUGUCACACACACUUGACUUCCAGAUGUGGUGGAUCCCCUGGAUUCAAUGUUCCCUCCAGAACUCUUCAUCUUACGGGACACCAACCCCCUUCUCUCUGGUGGUCAGGGGGGUGCCGCCCCGCACUCCGGUGGCCUGCCCUUCACCUUCCCCCUGCCCCCGCUCAUGGAGCAGGGCCUGCCCUACCUGUCCCUGCCCCCCUCCCUGGAUGACCGGCCCUGGCUGGGGCUGGGAGGGGAGCUGGGUGGGGAGCCUGAGGAGCAGCAGGGGACCCUCAGUGCGGGUCUCAGUGUUCAGUGUGAGGAGAGCAGGAUAGUGGUCAGCAUCGACCGAGAGAGUCUGCAGGUGAGGAGAUACUUUAGUAGUCAGCCAACUGGUUUAUCACUGUGACUAAAUGUCUGCCUCCAUUGCAUCAAAAAUGGAGGAAAGGCAGUUAUGGAAUUCCCACUUUUCAUGCUUGAUUUAACUGUAUGAGUCUUCCUCUUUAAUACUGACUGGCACUGACUUGAAUGAACAGUGUGUAGUGUGUUUGCUACUUUUGUGUGUGUGCCCUACCACUUGGCACUAUGAAGCAGGCACAACACGAUAGACAACAUCACAGUGUAGUAAAACCCACACACUGCAAUUAGGGAUAAUUAUGGUUAGACCACUAUCCUGUGGUUUUAUUUAACAUCACACAGAGAAGUAGUCUGUGCUGUAGAGUGGCAUAGUGACGUCUAAUGCCACACUAGUCUAGUGCCAUGUGUCGCAGUAACUUCUACUGACAGUAUUGAGAUUAUCAUGAUUUACAUUUUAUUGCCAAGACUAUAGAUUAUAUUGACAUUAUAUCGUUAAAAAAAUACUUUAUAGAUGAUUUACUAUUUAUUUAUUAUUUAAUUACAUUGUCUCUUUCCUCAGGCCAACGGUUACGCUAAUGUCAACAUGACUCUUCAAGACCCAGAAUGCAAAGCAAUGGUUAACUCCACCCACUACACGCUGGAGACCCCAUUGGAGGGCUGUCAGACCGCCAAGUACCCCAUGCACCCCGGUCCUAUGGUCCUCUACAUCAACUCAGUGAGUAGCACACUUACAGUACCAAAUGGUCAUCUACAACAACUAAUUGAAGGCAUGUUUCCUGGACCCUAGCCUACCAUAUGUUAUCAUACUCCCAAAUCUUGUAAAGCUUGGAAAUUGAGGUUGCCCAGACCCUAAUAAGCAUACUCCUGGACUAAAAAGAAUCUCCAUUUAAAAUACUUUUAGUCCAAGAGUUGACUUAGUCUGUGUCUGGGAAACUAGCCCUAUAUGAGUACUGUAUUCACAUAAUUAAAUAGAAGCCGCAGGAAGUAGGGGUGCUGAGGGGGCUGCCGCACCGCCUGAUAAAUCAACAUUUCAAUAAAUAAAUAAACCCCCCCUCCCUCCCCCCCACAAAAUGUGUGAACUAGGCCUUUAUUACUCCUGGAUAAAAAAAAAUCUAUCUUCUUGGAUGCAGAGAUAACUUCAAAUCCCUAUGGUCAAAACAAAUUAGUCUUCAUUUAGCUGUUUCGCAAUACAUCACAGCCCUAUGUCCUUGAAUGGUCCUUGUUUGUUCCAUCCUACAAUAAAGCAUUUUAAUUACUUAGGCUGCGUCCUAAAUGGCACCCUAUUUAUUAGGCUUGGGCGGUAUCCAGAUUGUCAUACCUUCAUACCGACCUUGUGCCAUCCCAGGAUAUUUGGUAAUACCGGCACUGAACACAAGGGGAGCUAUUUUCAAACCCCACUGAGCCUCUGUAAUCCAAAGGUUAGCAAUGCUAACAAGUAUAUGUAAAAUACCAUAGAGAGUGCUAACUACAUGCUAACGAGCGCAUUGCGAACAUUUGAUACAGUCUCUGACUUAAACUAUUUGCAGGACAGACAUCCCAGCUCAUAAAGUUAUACAAGUAAUUCAAAAAUGCUACUCACAGUUUGUUGCACACACAAAACACAUAUUAGACAGCAAGGCUCUUGAUCCAGUAGGGGAUUCUCAGCUGUUACAAAGCGAAGCUUGAUUUCGGAAGAAGCUAACCACUUAGCUAGAUAGCUAACUAGCUACUAAAUUAGCAAACCAAAUACACAACAGCAGAGCAUUUAGCACGUUUUAGUCAGUUAACUUAAUAGUUAUAAAAUAUCUAGCUGGCAAACAUUUAGUUGUGAAUUCCAUACUGAAACUAGAUCACCUGGCGCGUGCUGCAUAACAGUGAGUGACUCUGGUCUCUGGUCUCUCAUCAUUGUGUGCUUGUAAACAAACACCACGUGACUGGGGACUACCAGUAAGAUUCAUAACGUAUUGCACAAGUUGAUUGCAGGUAUUUACUUAAAAAGUAGCCAUAAAUAUUAUAAUUAAAAACAAAACUUCAAAUAAAUAGUUUCAAUGGUAUUGACGGUAUUGAAAAAACAGCCUGUGGCUAUUUCUAAAUACCCCAGUAUAUGGAAUAUACGGUAUACCGCCCAAGUCUACUAUUUACUAUAUAGUGCACUAGGGCCUUGGUCAAAAGUAGAACACUAUAUAGGGAAUAGGGUGCCAUUUGGGAUGCAUCCUUAGACUAGAGACUACACUGGCUGGUCAACAAGUGUGAAAUAAGCACCAGUAGGAAUAAACUAAAUGUCAAUGGCAGUAGUUGACCUCAUUUAGUCCUUGUCCUCUAGCCCUAACUCACCUCUGACCCUGUAAACGUCUGAAGUACACAGAGUGGGCUUCCAAUGUUUCUUUCCUGUGGAGAAAAUGAAAUAUAUGCUUCACAGGGUUCCACCUGAGAGAGCUCUCAGCUCUGGACUGUUGAAAUCUCUGGACGUUCCCACGUUUUAAUUUCAGCUCAUCUGUUGUAGAAUGUUUUGGAAGCUAGAUUCAGACCAGAGCCGCAUCACUGGUGUGCUGAGUAGGGUUGCAGAUGGAGGGUAUAUUACUGGAAACUUUAGAAGUUUACCAGUAAACUACCAGGAUUUUGGUAUCUUUCAAGGAGUUUAUGUAAUAUAUCACAAGACAUCUAGUGGCCCUUUUGGGUACGUGUCUGUAAUAAUCUCUGGCCCUCUGUGUGGCCUUAUCACAUGUAAAAUAUAUGAAAUAAUUGAAUAAGAUUAUUAAAAAGAUAAUACAUUAAAUGACAAAGCUGUAAAACAAUAUUCUAAAUACAAACCAUCAACUUAGUGAAUACCAUUGGUGUUUAAUAUGAGUGUUUCAGCAUGAAAUAUCCUUUAUAUGUUUUCAAACUUUUAUUUAUUUUAUUAUGUCAAUAUGUAUUUGUGUCAAUGUUUUGGCGUCAAACUGGUGGCAGUUAUGAAAAAAGUAAAUAGUUAGAAGAGUUGCAGAGUUAAUUGAAAAUAAUGGCAUUGUGGAUUAGAUGCUUUUGUCUUUAAUUAGGCUAUUUUCUCUUGGUCAAUACUUAUUUCCCUCAUUAAAAUGCAAAUCAAUUGAUAACAUUUUUGACAUGCGUUUUUCUGGAUUUUUUUGUUGUUAUUCUGUCUCUCACUGUUCAAAUAAACCUACAAUUAAAAUUAUAGACUGAUCAUUUCUUUGUCAGUGGGCAAACGUACAAAAUCAGCAGGGGAUCAAAUACUUUUUUCCCUCACUGUAUAUAGUGCACUGUUUUUUACCAAAGCCCUGACAAAAGUAGUGCACUAUAUAGGCAAUAUGGUGCCAUUUGAGAUACACCCAUAAAACAUAAUUUGGCGCCGAUAGCUCGGCACGUGUCCUGUUCACCUUGUGAAUAUAUCUGAACUAUGUUCAAUGAUUCAAUGAUCAACACCCCUGUGUGGCUGACGUACAGAUUCUAAAAAGUCAAGCUGAACCUGUUCAAUGUGGUUUUGUCCCAAAUGGCACCUUAGCUAUUCCCUUGAUAGUGCACUACUUUAGAACAGGGCCCAUAGGGCUUUGGUCAAAAGUUUGUGCACUAUAAAGGGAAUAACUGGGGUGCCAUUAAGGACGCAUACUGAAUCUGAACUGUGUUCACUGAUGUGUUCAACUCCCCUGUGGUUGACAUCCAGAUCCUGAUAAGUCAUGCUGAGCCUAAGGAUGGGAAUGGUGGUCCCCUGGAUUACGAUGAUCUAGAGUCCGGAGACGUGACCUUCCCUAGGGAGACAGAGCAGCUGGAGAGGCUGGAGAGGUCUGCUUUCCUGGAGCACACCACGGGGCCUGAUCACAGGUCAUCCAUUCUGGUAAGACAUCUAUAAUAUAAGAUAAUAUAGAUUCUAUAUGAUUGGCUCUCUCUCGCCGGACUAGAACACAGGUCCUCCAUUCUCAAAUCAAAUCAAAUCAAAUGUUAUUUGUCACAUGCGCCGAAUACAACAGGUGGAGACCUUACUGUGAAAUGCUUACUUACAAGCCCUUAACUAACAAUGCAGUUUUAAGAAAAUAGAGUUAAGAAAAUAUUUACUAAAUAAACUAAAGUAAAAAAAAAUAUAUAUUACACAGUAAAAUAACAAUAACGAGGCUAUAUACAGGGGGUACCGGUACCGAGUCAAUGUGCGGGGGUACAGGUUAGUCGAGGUAAUUUGUACAUAUAGGUAGGGGUAACGUGACUAUGCAUAGAUAAUAAACAGCGAGUAGCAGCUGUGUAAAAACAAAGGGGGGGUGGGGGGGUCAAUGCACUAAUAUGUUUUGCUGCGAUGUGGGGGGGCCCCCAACCAGAUCUCACUUAGGGCCCCCAAAAGGCUAGAGCUGGUCCUGUAGCUACAUGACUCUGUUUGUUUGUUUUUCAUGCAUUUGGUCUCCCUCGAACAAGAGGUUGGUUUUCAAACUCAAGGGAGUUUAUCCUGGUUAAUGAACCCUAAAUGAAAAAGGAAUUAAGAGAGUAGCAUUGCAUGACAGGGCCUGCCUGGGGUUGAGAGAGUUGGGAGUCAAGACCAGACCACUGAUCAUCAAUAAAUAACAUAGUACCUCCGCCUGAAUCCUGUCCAGAUGGUUGAAACUCCAUCUCCCAGAGUCCCUCAGUGCUAGUAAAGACUCAUCUGGCUUCUUAGGAGGAUGGAAGAUUCCAACUCUCACUGUCUACUCCCCACAUUAUCUUUAUGUCUUGAACUUCUUCUGACCUGAACGUUUUGGGAAAUCUGCCAUCACGCUUUCCCUUUCAUCUACAAAGUCUCUUUCCUUUCUCUCUCUGUGUCACUAUAGCCAUACUCUUUACCCAUGCACACUCUUCCUCUCUCCUCUUUGUCUCUCUCUUUCAUUCCCUUCCUUCUGCCCGAGUGGCGCAGCGGUCUAAGGCACUGCAUCUCAGUGCUAGAGGCGUCACUACAGACCCUGGUUCGAUUCCAGGCUGUAUCAUAACCGGCCGUGAUUGGGAGUCCCAUAGGGUGGUCCCCAAUUGGCCCAGCGUCGUCCAGGUUUGGCCGGGGUAGGCCGUCAUUGUAAAUAAUAAUUUGUUCUUAACUGACUUGCCUAGUUAAAUAAAGGUUAAAUAAAAUAAAAAAUAUCUCUGUAUCCUUCAGUGAUAUUGCUGUGAUGAAACACUUGACACACUCCUGGCCAUGAAGGCCAGGUGGUGUGAGGGCCAGGGUGAGGACCAGGGGGGUGGUGAGGGUCAGGGUGAGGGUGAGGUUGAGGACCAGGGUAAUGGCCAGAGUGAGGGCCAGGGUAUGUUAGAACCAUGAUUAUGUUGUGAUUGGCUCUUCUCUCCUUCACCCCUCCAAUUCCUGUUUUGAUUGGCUCUUCUCUUGCCCCCCUCCCCCAGUUCAACUGUUUGGAUUGGCUCUUCUCUCCUUCUCCGUCCAGUUCAACUGUUUUGACUGGCUUUCUCUCCUUCUCUCUCCCCCCUCUCUCCAGUUCAACUGCACCUAUAGGAAGAAACAGGACACCCUAGGAGGAUCAGGAUCAUCAGGAUCGUUCCCCCGUAUUGCCCCGGCUGCGAAGGAACUGCUCAGCACCGAUGUCAUGUUCAACAUGGAGCUGUACAACACCCAUCUCUUCCGUUAUCCGUCUACCCAGGCCUUCCACACCGUCUCCAAAAAUAAACAGGUCUUCGUAGAGGUAAACGAAGCAGUGAAAUACUAUAAACUGUACUAAAUAUAUUUAAGCAGUACAUUGUGUCGGUUGUAUUUUUAGCCUGGGUGUGAUUCGCUCAGAUGAAUAUAAUUAGUAGGCUAGUAUCCAGAUGUUAGGACAUGUGGGUUGUUGGAGCAAUUUCACAAGAGCCAGGAUUGUCUGUAUGUGUGUGUGUGUGUAUAUGUAUGUGUCUCUGUCUCUGUCUCUCUAAAUAUGACGCCUGUCAAAACAACAGUGAGGACUGUUCUGUGUGUACACUGGUCUAGCUUCCACAGGGUCCGUUGAUAUUUGGUCUGGGUCCGAAGGAUAUAUAGUUAACAUAUCCUCUUUCUGUUGUUAGCUACCCCUCACAGCCAUCAUCUCAGUCUCAAGUGUCCUGGCACAUACUGUAUGGCAUUUAGAAUUCUCCCCAGAGACCUUAACUUCUAUUUAUUCUGUCUGGCAAGUCCAGAAUGCACCUUGCUAAUAGCACUGAAAAGUAAUUACUAAGAAGGUCCUAUCAGGAGGUUGUGUAAGAUAAGUUAGAGAUCCACACAGUGAGGCUCUUUGAAGUGUUGAUUUAUGGAGGUAUCUGAGGAGGACAGCUGCUCUGACAGUGUGGCCUCAGAGAGCCAGCAGCAACAAGUCACAAAGAGCUCUGUGUGUGGGGCCAUGGGGCCUAGUCCUUAACCCCUCUCUAGCCCUUUCUCUCCCACCUCCACACCUCUCACACUGGGCUGAGAUCUGCCAUGCCAUGCCCUGCCUUGGCCCCUGAGGCUACGGCCCAAACUAAGCUGUAUAGGAAACUGCUGUUGUGCAUCAAGUGUGUCAUAACUUGUGUUACUCAUAGGUCAGGUCACAGGCUGCAUGUACAGUGCUCACUGGGUUUUCACUAGUCCCUGCCAACCAUGAAAUCUGUCCUUUGAACGCGGUGUGCGGGCGUGCCUGUGUGCGUGUUUGUGUGUCCGUGCCUGCGUGCAUACAUGUGUGCUUUUGACUGGGCAAGCUUUUUGACAACCUUGGAAUGUCGAUGGCACAGCCUGAAAACAGUAAAACACAUGUUGGUUUUUCAGAGAAAAACGAGAGAGAAAGCAGCAGAGGGAUAAUAAGUCAUGAUGCGUCCCAAAUGGCACCCUAUUCCAGGGCCCAUAGGUUUCUGGUCAAAAGUAGUGCACUAUAUGGGGAAUAGGGUGCCAUUUGGGACGCAUCCCAUAACUCAGGGAAAUGCCUUGUGGUCUGCUGAAGGAAAGAUCCUCUUUAAACGUUUGAAGGGACUGAAAUCCACUUCAGGAUUUGUGAUUAUUGGACCUGAUAGCACUCUGAUAGUGUUCCUUUAGCUUGUUCUCUGUGUUAAAACAAAUAGUCAGCUCCUGGACUGACAGAGAGUGUACAGACAUUUGCCAAGAUGGUGUUCCUCACAAGACUUUGCAGACCGAAACAGAUAGUUUGUCAAUUCGACGACGUCAAUGAGAGGAUUCGUUAAUAAAAUCAUUGGACAUCUUUAGAGGCUGUAUCAAUCAUAUAACCUCCACUCAUUGCUUACACAUUAUUAACUGUAAAAUAUUUUGGGACUUGAGUUGAUUGUUUUUGUGAAAAAUGACACAAUGUUCCCUGUGUGUUUAAUACAAAAAUCUUUCAUCUUGAUUUUCAUGUUUUUUUAAAACUUUCUCCUGUCAGUGUAGUGGAGCCUUCAAAGUCGACCCAGAUCUUGGCUUCAUGAUCCAGACCUGCUUCAUCUCUGCCAACUCCAACCCCAACAUCGCUUCAGACUACACACUUAUCGAGAAUAUCUGCCCUAGGGACGAAACGGUCAAAUACUACCCUCAGAGAGACCUCCCUAUCCCCCACCCCCAGACCGAUAGGAAGAGGUUCAGCUUCACCUUCAACUCACACUUCAAUGAAUCGUUGCUCUUCCUGCACUGUGAGAUGUCCCUCUGCUCUAAGAGACCCCACAAUAACCAGGGACUGGCAAUG